GUGGCGCGAGCGCUCCCUCAGCUGACCGCCGGCCAUUUUGUCGCCGCUCCGGCUCUUUCCCGCCGCCGCCGCCGCCGCCGCCCCGCGAAGCCCCCUCAGAGCAGCGCCGGCGGGGCCCGCCAGGGAGAGCGAGCGCCAGGGGCGGGAAGGAGGCAUGUGAGGCGCCUUCGCCCGCCGCCUUCGCCUACCUCCGCCUCUCCCCCCCCCCCGCCGCCCCCCGCUCGCCCCUCACCGCCGCCGCCAUGGCGCUGAAGAUGGUGAAAGGCAGCAUCGACCGCAUGUUCGACAAGAACCUCCAGGACCUGGUGCGCGGCAUCCGCAACCACAAGGAGGACGAGGUGAGGCGGGCGCUAGUCCUCAUGGAGGAAGCCCGGAUGCUCAGGCUCCCCGUCAGCCCCUCGUGAUGCUUCCCUUCGAGGCGCUAGUCCUCGUGAUUCCCGCACAAGGGGAAGAAGAGGUUGGUGGGAACGAAUCGGGUGGGUCCUCGAAACUACAACUCCCACCACUGCUGACUAGGGGCGGUGGGAGUUGUAGUCUGCGGGCGCAAGUUGGGAGGGACGCUCAAGGCGCUAGUCCUCGUGAUUCCUGGGUUGGGAGCUCUCCUCCGUUGGGGUGGAAUGAGGGUGUCCCUGCAGGGUUUGGGAGACAGGCCUCUCUCGCCCAGCCCUACCUGGCGUGGCCGGGAAUCGAACCCAGGACCUCCUGCAAGCAGAGCAUCUGCGCUGCCACUGAGCUGGGGCCCUGCCCCUAAAGGCGUCCAGCCCUCAAGAGUUGCAGACAAAAAGGCUGCUUGGAACAUGAAUUUUAGGGCAGUGUUCGAAAUUAGCCUGGUUUUGCCAGGCUCUUUUUGCUACUGGCGCAGGGUCCAGUUAUGACAACGCGGAGGUUUCUGGGCAAAACCACAGUUUAAAAACCUCUGCUUUAGUCCAUAGCUAUUUUCAUUUCUACUCUGUGCGUUUCUCUUCCUUGCAUACUGGGACAAGUGAAUUGUUGUAAGAGCAAGCUAGAAGCCAAGCAAUGUAGCUGAGAUUGUAGAAUUGUAGGGUUGGAAGAGAUCCCAAGGAUCAUUUAGCCCCAACUCCCUGGCAAACAAGACAUUCUGUUGUAGCGACUGCAACAUAAAUUCAACUUAUCAUUGGGCGCCUAGCUUAUAUAUCUCAGUUUCUAACACUGAACCUAGGCAGCUUGGUGAUACAUAGGUCUACCUGACUGACAGGAGCUCUUCAGGAUUUGUGAUCCACAGGAGUGCAUAGGUGUUCACUGCACCGCAUCCAAGUGUUCUGAAGAGCAAAGCGGAAUUUCCUUUCUCUAGCUUUCAGCAGGGGGCACUCUCAGUUUCCGCAAAGACCACAUAAGUGGGGAAUAGGAACACCUGGGGCAGGGCAUCCAGUACUAGAAACUUAGAUAUAUAAUCCAAGCACCAAAUGGCUCCUUCGACCAGGGUUACAGUCACCAAAAUGGAAUGCCUAGUUGCCAUUUUUGGACCAGACAGCUCAGAAGUCGUAUAUUUUUCAAUGCGACUUUUUGGUUCCUGAAAUUCAUUCUGAUUGAGCAGAUAGAUAGAAUUCUAUAGGAUGUGUUGCUAAUGUGCGAAAACAGUCCGGACCCAAGGAUCCCCAGGCAUCCACCUCCAGAUGGCGGAGACGUCAGCGUCUUAACUUGGUUGCAAGUAGACAAUAGCCAGGUGCAAAAUGCGCCUGGUGCCUGGCGAAUUUCAAAAGUUGGAGGUAUCCUCAGCCACCAGGAGGCUGAGCUGAGGUUGGUGUUAAGGUUCUAGUCCUUUGUGGAGGGGGGUGUCUCCAAGCUUCAAAAUCGCUCUCAACGAGAUGGUUCAUGGUGGUGGGGGAAAAACAAAUUUUGCAUGUACGCUGUAAGAAAUCGGGUCCCCCAAGGAAACAAGUUUGAGGGGGACAGAACUGUUCAUGGGGUGUGUCUCUGUUUAUCACCAUCAAUAUUUAUACACCAUUGUAAAGACCCUGAAGCAAUAUGUCAGUGAUGGAGAACCUCUGGCCCUCCAGAUGUUGCUGGACUCCAACACCUAUCAGUUGCAGUCAGCUGCAGCCAGUAUUCAGAGACAGUGGGAGCUCUGGGCAAAAAUGAUCUGGAGCGAUAUAGGUUCCCCCUUCAGUCCAGGGCUUAAGGCAGGCCUGGAAGACCUGUGGCCUUCCAGGAGCUGUUCAACUCCCAUCAGCCAUUAUGGUCAGGGUUGAUGGGAGUUGGAGUCAGACAACAGCAUCUGAAGGAACGCAAGUUCCCCAUUCCUCUGCCAGAACCUAAGAAUAGAGAGGCAAUUAUGAAUGCUUAUGUACAUCUGGAAGAUCUCCCAGUGUCCCAGUUAUCUACAGUUAUACCGACUGCUGCUUUUCAGGGUUUUAGAUGGGGAAGCUGGGUCCAAGUUUUGUAGGACUAUAACUUCCAUGAUCCUUGGCCAUUGUGGCAGAGGGGUGCCGGGAAUCUUGGCAAACCUGGUUGGCUGCAGGCUCCCCAUACCCACCCAAACUAAAGAUGGCAGAGGACCCCCCAGGACCUUCUGCAAUCAAAGCAUGUGCUCUACCACUGAAGCACCGCCCUUUCCCCGUGACCGAUCUCGCCAUACUUUCACUUUGCAAGAAAGCUUGGCAUGUCUGUCAGCUGAUGAGAGUAAGAACCAAGCAAAUGCCUUUCGAUUGCAGACCUGAAAGAGGAACUGCCACAGAAUAUCUGCAAGAAAAUGGGUGGGUUGGGUGAAGGAAGUUGCAGGAAUCACAGAACUGUAGAGAUGUAGAAUUGGAAGGGAUCCCAAUGGUCAUCCAGUCCAACCCCCCUGCAAUGCAGGAAUCUCAGCUAAAGCAUCCAUGACAAAUGGCCAUUUAGCUUCUGUUUAAAAACCCCCAAGGAAAGGGAGUUUAGUUGGAAUCUCCUUUCUUGUAACUUGAAGCCAUGAGUUCAGGUCUUACCCUCCAGAGCAGGAGAAAACAAGCUGGCUCUAUCUUCCAUGUGACAGCCCUUAAGAUAUUUGAAGAUGUCUAUCAUAUCUCCUCUCAGUCUCCUCUCUUCCAGGCUAAACAUCCCCAGCUCCUUCAACUGUUCCUCAUAAGGGCAGCAUCAGGCAGAGCCACAGUGGGGCGACUGGCCCCCUUCUCACCUGCCUCUAGACACGGGUCCAGCUUGUCAAAGGACUCGGGGUGGCAGACUGGGCAAUGAGUUGCAGCAAGGCCUGGAAGAGAUUCACAUACGGAAGGGGAGACACCAGGGCAAGGGACUUAUGUAAGAAUAUUUGCAAGCGGGGAAGCUGAAAGAGUGCCACCCGUUUUCAGAAUUGUAGCAAAACAGCGUUGUCUCCGAGGACUCUGCCAUGAUGAAAUAAAUUUUAGUUUUCAAAGUGAUUCUUGGAUUGCAACAUCUUUUCUCUCCCCCUUACCUUGAGAUCCCAUUUGCUGACUAACUUUCAGGUGAAACCCUGGUCAAUGCCUGAUAAAAGUUCCAGGCUGCUCCUCAACUGAGAGAGUCUCCCACUUUCAACCCUCCCUUUUGAUCAUACCAGUUUCGUCCUAUCUAGACCCAUUUGGGGAGCUCUCUGUCUCAGAAGAGGAAGCCACUCGCUAUAAGAGAGCCUUUCUGGAAAUCUCAUUGUGUUUCUUUGGAGAGCUUUGUGGCGCUGGCCUUGAAGUGUUUGUGAUGUGGUCAGAGAGUUAAAACAAGUGUCCAUUGUGUGAAGGCACAGAGAUAACAGAUGGUUUUUUAUUAGGAAGGAGGUGGCGGUCUGUAAAUAUAUUGCUUUUUCUUCUUUUAGCUGCCCUUGACUAGAUCGGGUGGUGGGUGGGGAGCUGGUCCGCAACCCCUUAAGAAGCAUACCUUUGCUAUCAACAUACAAUUUUGAAUGCAGUUCGUAGCCUGAGCAGCCCAGCUCGCUUGUAAAUAAACAUGCACUUACUGCAAAUUGGUAUGUGUGGCUGGGGGAGAGAUUCAGGGAAGUAACCAAGAACCUCCGCGCCUUUCGCUUAGUUCUCCUUUCCUCAUUCCUGAAAUGAGAUUGUGAGCUCCAGAGCAGCAUGUGCCAUUUUAACUUUGUUUACGGUGCUUGGGUGCUAAAUAUUGGAGGAAUUUUUAUUACACAUCUGCAGAUAGAAAGAGGGUGUGUGGUUUUUUCAGGCCAUGAAUGGCCAAACAUUGGUAUGGCCUGCACUAGGGUACUUGUGUGUCCAGGUCUGGGGUAGGCUAUAUAAAGAACAUAAGAUGUUGGAUUGGGCAAGUGGCCCAACUAGUCCAGCACAGCGUUCAGAAUUUGCCAGGUGCAUUCUGCACCUGCUGAUGGCCACUUGCAACCAACUGAAGCUGCCAGGAUGGCGCCUGACGUCUCCACCAUCUGGAGGUGCACACCUGGGGAUCCUUGGAAUUUGACUGUUUUCCCACACUAGGAAUGCAUCCUUCAGAAUUCUAUCCAUUAUAUUUUAUCUACACAAUCGGAAUGAAGCAGGAACCAAAAAGUCAUAUACACAACUUUUGAGCCAUCUGGCACCAAAAUGGCAGCUAGGCAUUGAAUUUUGGUGACUGUAACCCUGGUCUAAGGAGCCAUUUGGUACCUAGCUUAUACAAAUAUCUGUGUUUCUAACAUUGCUCAUUUGCGGGGGGGGGGGUUCAGAGUGAAAUCGGGAAAAGCAGCACCUACAAAAGGACACGCAUCGUUGCAUCUCCUUGCAUGUGGGGAAAGCAGUCUGCUGGUGUUAAAAAAUCAACAAUAUUGGGAGCCUGGCGAAAGGGUGAGGUGUCUGUUUGGGGAGCGCUUUUAAGGACUCCAGGGAUGAUAUGGCACUUCUCAUGGUGCUGAGCCACCCGAGUGCUUCUGCUCAGGAAAUUAGUCAUCCCCUCCUUUAAAAAAAAUAAAAGUGUUCAUGUUGACCGAAGGAUUGGUUCCCAGUGGCAGAUAGCAGAAGGCCUGCUCUCUUGUGAGCUUUUAACUUCUGGACACGUCACGCUAGUCCAUUGGGAAGCCUCCCGAAAUGGUUUGUUGCUCCUCUCUCCCCCCAUCUCCCAAAUUCCUGCCAAUGAAGAGCAGCCGCUGGCUCAGUUUCAUAGCAGAAACGCCAGGAAGGACUUUGCUGUGCUGGCCAAUGGGACAAGUGGGUUCUGGAUGCAGAAGCUAGCCUCCGGGGGGGAAAAAUAAGCUUGACUCUAGCAGUUUGAAGCUGCAGAAUGGGGUGUGUUGGAGGCCCCCUGUAGGAUUGACCAAUCACAAAGUGCACCUUAUGUGAAACCUCUUAUAGUUGCAGAAACGUAGCAUUAUGAAAAUGGCUAUACAUUAUUCCUGCAUUGCAGGGAUGACCCUUGGGGUCCCUUCCAACUCUACAAUUCUAUAGUUCUAAGACAUGUUCCCAUGCUCAAGCUGUGUGCCCAGUGUAGUCUUCCCUUGCAGUGUAUGUCUAGCUUACCUGAACCAAUGGAGAUUCUGACUCAAUGCUAGGAAGCACUUUCUGGCAGUAAGAGCUGUUUGGCAGUGGCACGCACUCCCUUGGAAAGUGAACUCUCCUUCCUUGGAGGCUUUAAACAGAGGUUGGUUGGAUGCCUGUCCGUCAGGGAUUUUAAAGCUGUGAUUCCUGCAUUGCAGGGGGCUGGACUUGAUGGCCCUUGGAGGUCCUUCCAACACUCUUAUGAUUCUAUGUAGGCUUGUGUUCCUUUGGGGUCAUGGUGGUCAUCACAGCACUUCAUGCCUUAGGUGCAUGUAGCCUUCACUGUCAACCAUCUUGGGUUGGCCAACCAUCCCAAUAUAUCAGCUAGGUGCCAAACAGCUCCUUAAACCAAGGUUACAGUCACCAAAACAGAAUGUCUAGUUGCCAUUUGAGAGCAAGACAGAUCUAAAGUCUUAUUUUUCAAAUGACAGACUGACUGUGAUUGAUUCUCAGCUAAAUAUCUGGCUAGUUCAGAAACUUCCGGGUCAGCGCCAUUGGUGAAUGGCGGAGUUCCUCCGACCGGAGGAACGGGCUCCGUGGAAACUGGGUCUUCCCGCCGCGGCGAAGGUGGGGACCCGCUAGAAAUCCCAGGCGGAGGAAGCCUGGGAACGUGGGGUUCGGCAGGGCACCAGAGCGCCCCCCUACUCGCGGGGAAUCCCAUCUAGGGGCUCCGGAGCGAAGUGGGGUGAGAGCGCGGUGCUACGAACUGACUGCUACUUUCACGGAGUGAAGCCGCACAGCCAUUGCCAGAGAGCGCUGACUUUUUCCUGUGGACAAUUGGACUUAAAACAAGUACCCGUGAGUAGAAACGGAAAAUUGGAUCAAGAAAUUGUUUAAUUUGGUAUCGAAGCGGGAAGGUGCAAACAGGAAGUCCGCCUUCCGCUUUUUGUAUAUAGACUAAAGCAAAAAUUUUGCAAGCUAAAGCCGGGAAGCUGUCAAAAAAGACUAAAAUUCCUUCAUUCAGAAUCACUGAAACCCCCCUUGGAAGCAGGAGAAAGGGGGGGGGACUCUGUUUAACCCUAGCAGGAGAGGGAGUGAAGAAGGAUAAGUUUCCACCGUCUCUAACCUGGGAACGGGGUGUCAGAGACAGAAACUGUUGGAGAGGUUCAUUGACUGUGAACGUAAUACUUUGACAGAUAGCUAAUGAAGAGAAACAAGUUGAUUCUAAUGUUGCCUUUUGCAUUUUAAAGAAACAAAAUACCUGAAAAACAUCUGAAAUAUCUGAAAAAUGAAAGUAACUUUCCUUUGUCUUCAAAAAAAAAAAAGAGGAUACAAAUAGAUUGUCUCCUCUAGAGGGAGCUUGCUAAAUUGUUGCUGUAGUAUAUUUGAGACCCAACAUCUGUGAGAUUAAGACUGUGGGAACAGUCUUUUCUGACCUUGAACAAAGAUGAGCUGGGAGGAAGACUGGGUGCUUGCUUUAUGCAAGACAAAUGCUUUGCUGGAACAGAUGCAUGAGAAGAUGGACUUGAUGAAUGAGAAAAUGGAUUUGACUGUUGUGGUUAAUAACUGUGGACAAACAGGGAACAGUGAUACAGAAAUCAUUCAGGAACUAACCUAUGAAUCUGUACUGACUGGGCAAGUGCAGAUGACAAUGGAGGAGGAUGCGGAUGCACCUCAAAUAGUACAAAUGGAGAGACCCGAGGCCCUACAGGAGCAUAAGCCGCUGUUAUUGAAGAUUGAAGUUGGAGUGGGCCAAGGGGAGUCUGGAGAUGAGGAGGUUCCUAGCUUUGGAGAGAUCUUGAAAUUUGAUUUUAAAUGCAUUUUGGAUUAUAUCGAGGACUGUGGGGAGUGGGACUGUGGGGAAUGGGCGAGCUGGAUGAAGGGUGGUGGAGACAAUUUUGGGUUGGAAUCCCCCAGAGACCUACUCCUCAAUGAGAAAGGAAAGAAACUAAGACAGAGACCAACAAAAGGCAAGGAAAAGGGCAAGCACAAACAAGAUGAAGAAGAAUUGCAGAAGGGACAUGGAAGAGACUUAAGGGCCUCGGACAUAAGGCUUCCAGGUUGAUGGACUAGAUGGAAUGGACAGUAAGGACUGACACGACCCGAGACCAGGAAGAAGAGACGCUGGAUGAUAAUUGGAAGAGAAUUUAUAAUGUGGGAAUUUUUUAUUUUAGAAUCAGCUUAAUGAAUAUUAGGGAAAAUGUGGGAAUGAAACUAUACGACUCUAGCAGAAAUGAUAUCAGGAGCUAUGUAUAUUUGAAAACUAAGAUUUAAGUCUUAAGGUACUUAGGGGUAAGAUAAGGUUAAAUAAAUUAAGGUAAUUUGAAUAACAGAACAUGGGGAAAGAUGGAAAGGAUUUGUUGAGUUAAUUAUUAGGUUAAAUUGUUAAGAUAAAUUUUAUAACAAAAAUUGAGAAAGAUGGAAAGAAUUUGCUGAAAUAAUUACUAAACUAGAAUACAAAAAGGGAGGUGUGAGGAGGUCAAUGAAACAAGCAAAUGGAAAUUAUGGAUAUGCAAUUUGGGAUUUGUGUUUUUUUUCCUUUUUUCUUCUUUUUUACUUUCUUUUGCUGUAUUGUCGUAUUGGUUUUUAUAUUUUGUGCUUUUCUCUUUUAUUUUCUUUUUUUGUAUUGUAGUGUUGUUUUUUGUUUUUCUUGUAAUCCUGAAAUUAUCAAUAAAUAUUAUUUUUUUAAAAAUAUAUAUCUGGCUAGUUCAGAGGACAACCUUGAGCUCGGUUAAGAGCUUUGAGAACUUGAAAGAAGGAAAGUCACUUGAUCCAGGGACAGUCCAGAUACCCACAAUCCACUCAUUGCAAUUAGGACACAAGAUUAAAGAGGGCCGUCGACCGCGCCCUGUGCAAAGAGCAAGAAUAGACUUCCCUGUCUCUGAUUCCUGUUGAAAGUGCUGGCAGGAGGUUGGCCUGGUAGCCUCUAAAAUGUUCUUGCUCCAUUCUGUGGUUUAUGCUCCUCCGCUAGCCGGCUUGAGAUUUGCCUCCUGUCCACACCCACGGAGCUCUUUUAGCAGCCUCUCCUUGCAAAGAUUUGAUGCAAGCCCAACAUGCUCCCAGUCACAGGAUUUUGUCCCAUCGUGGGAGCCAGGCGAGGCCAUUAUUGAAAACGGCUGCUCGAGGCAAGCAGCACCGAGGUCAGCCGCCUUCAAGGAGUUGCUAAAUGUCAAGGGAAAGGUAGAGAAUCCCCAUGUUAAGCCAACACAUUUCAGAAUUCUGGAAAAGGAGUGCUGGACCCGCUGAACACAUACUCUGAAUAUGGCGCAUCUGAGACUCAGACCCCCAACAGCUUCGGUUGAGGUCAGUGGGGUAAAAAAUGGUCUCCUGCCUGAGUCCCUGGAGAGCUGCUGCUGGUCAGAAUAGAGAAUUAUGAGCUAGAUGAACCUGGUAUAAAUACAGCCGCUUCCCAGAAACACGCUCCCCCCCUUCUUUUCUGCUUUUCCCAUUUCAGUUUGGCCACCUUACACCCAGAAGGACUGAAGCAGGAGUUGACUGACCUCACGCCCUCUACACCCAUCAUCCCUGACCGUUGGCUGUGGGGCUUGUAUUCAAUCCAUGUCUGGAGGGGCACUGAUAUAAUAUACUGCCUACAAUCAGAGAUGCCCACCCACUGAUCCUCUGUAGGAAACAGCAUGCUCACUUGACAGCUUCUUAAUCUCUGCAUGGGGAGAGAUCUUGUUUGAAUCAGAGACAGAGCAGGAGUUACCUGCCCCAGCCCCAGGGAGGCUGUAUGGCCAGACCAGUAAAUCAUACAGAAGUGCAGCAGGCAGCCUCAGGGUUUUUUGGGGGGGAAUCCAAUUCCACAUGGCAUUGUGUGUGGGAGCAACUGCUUUCAGGGUUUUGCAUUCAAAGCUUCCAUUUUUAUAUACAUUAAAACGUAAGGAUGUCCAUCACGCGACCCGCCUUGGGAGGACUUGUAGUGCCACAUCAUAACUCUGGAUUUGCCUGAAGAAAUGCGGCUUUGGAAGGUGAAAAAUGAGCUUUGUAGUUGCAUGGUGCAAGAAGGGGAAGCUCUGGAAGGUGGAUGUGGAGGAUGGCAAGUUGGUUGGUGAGCAGAGCAAGCAGGGGCACAGAAGAGGGUCUGAAUUAGUUAUCUCUGCCCUCCAUGUGGCAAGGCAGUCCCCCAACUCCCAUCAGCCCAAGCGGCCACCGUGGCCCCAUGGUCAGGUAACAGAUACCAAAAGCAGCAACAGAUUGACCUACUGCUUUAUGCACAAUUUUUAAAAAGUCUGGAUAAUGGAGCAGAAAACCCAGUUAAGAUGCAACUAAGGCGAUAACUCUUCCAUUGAGCUGUCAGGGUCCCAUAAGUCAGAGCUGAAUUAUUCUCUCCCCCCUGCCCCCCCCACCAAUCGCUUGUCAGCUGUGCAAUGGAUCUCUGAACACAUUGUUAACUUGCACUAAAUAUUUGAUGGCCAUGUCGCGGCAGGAAAAGACAGAUGUCAUGGAAUCCAUCUGGCACGUAUCUAAUUUCCCAGGCCCCACUGCUCACUUGUGGGGAGCAGAGUGGGAAGUGUCCGUCAUCCAAGGUACCUAGGGACAAAAAUGUGGCAGGUUAAAAAUUUGGUAACUGCUGAAGACAAGAGACAGGAGAAACCAAUCGUCUCGCAAUGUUUAUUAAAAGCCACAGUACAUUUCAUACAUUUCAUGGGCUGUUCCUUUACACCCCAGAUGCCCCCCCCCCCCGGCUGGGAUGUUUCAUUGAAAUAUGAUGAUGCUUCUCGCUUGACUGGAUGAAGGAUAAAGAACCAGUGUGUGUGUGUGUGUGUGUGUUAUGAAACUGGACAAAAGCAUAUGGAUAGAAUUUACAUCAGUUGCCCCGCCCACUUUUAGUAGCGUUGGUCAUGCAAAUGAGGUCGUCAAACUUGGGUCUUUUUAAUCAAGGGGAAAAAGAAAUUGAGGACACCAGAAGGAUACAGAGCCCACAUUCACAUGAUGUCCUGGUUGUUUCCCGCUUGGACUACUGCAAUGUUCUCUGUGUGGGGCUGCCUUUGAAGGUGACUCAGAAACUACAACUAAUGCAGAGUGUGACAGCUAGACUGGGGACUGGGAGUGGCUGCCGGGACCAUAUAACACUGGUCCCGAAAGACCUGCAUUGGCUCCCAGUACAUUUCCGAGCACAAUUCAAAGUGUUGGUGCUGACCUUUAAAACCCUAAACAGCCUGGGCCCUGUAUACCUGAAGGAGUAUCUCCACCCCAUUGUUCAGCCUGGACAGUGAGGUCCUCUUCUGAGGGUCUUACGGCAGUUCCCUCCCUGUGAGAAGUGAGGUUACAGGGAACCAGACAGAGGGCCUUCUCGGUGGUGGCACCCGCCCUGUGGAACGCCCUCCCAUCAGAUGUCAAGGAAAUAAAUAACUACAGUCAUACCUUGGUUGUCAAAUGCCUUGGUACUCUUCCAUUUUGGCUCCUGAACGCCGCAAACCUGGAAGUGAGUUUUUGGAAGCCGAGUGUCCACCGCGGCUUACGCAGCUUUCGAUUUGAGUGCAGGAACAUCCUGCAGCCAAUCAGAAGCCGUGCCUUGCUUGUCGAACAUUUUUGGAAGUCAAACAGACUUCUGGGACAGAUUCCGUUCGAAAACCAAGGUACGACUGUAUCUGACUUCUAGAAGACAUCAGAAGGCAGCCCUGUAUAGGGAAGUUUUUUCAAUGUUUGAUGUUUUAGUACGUUUUUAUAUAUGUUGGAAGCUGCCCAGAGUAGGGCUUCCAACAGCCGGAUGGGCGGGAUACAAGUAAUAAAAUGAUGUUGAUGAUGAAAUCAGGACCCCACAAAACCUUCCCUUGCGGUGCGGACUUCAGCAUCAUGGCAGGAUCCAUAUACACAGAGGGCGAUAUUUUGACUCCCUAAAUUAUUUCCGCUUCUCUUCUGUCUCCCAUUCCCUCCCCUCCCAAAUCGCACUUUGCUUUAACAUGCGAAGCUGGCUUUUAGCAAGCUUAAUUAACGAAGUCUAAAUCAGUAACUGUGCAACACCUUUGGAGAGGGAACGUUAAUUGCCUUUUGCAUCCAGAUCUGCUAGUGACCCACAAAGGGGAGGGGUGCCUAACAUUUAUAUCAUGUCAGCGGUGUGACCUGCCUAUCCCCAGCUCCAGGUAGAGCUAGGUGUGUCCUCUUGAAGCCCUGGAUAGCUGCUGCCGGUCAGUGCAGACAGUACUAUGACGGAUUGACCCGUUUGUUUGACAUGCGCGCUUGGGGAGGCCAGACAAAACCUUCUGCGCCUAAGAACGAAAUGUGUGCUGGGUACUGGAUCUUUGGGGACAAUCUUGACUGAGCAGGAGAUUUCCAGUGACUUAACCCACAAUUCCUUCCUCUCCAUCCCUCCAGGCAAAGUACAUCUCUCAGUGCAUCGAUGAGAUCAAGCAGGAACUGAAGCAGGAUAACAUUGCCGUGAAAGCCAAUGCCGUCUGCAAGCUCACCUACGUAAGUGUCUCCCUCACCUGUGGGUCAGGUUUCUGCCAUGCGGCCUGCAGGGCAGGCAAGUGAGCCUCUUCCGCGAGGAGCCUCCCAAGGCGAGGCGGCCCUCUUCGUUUCCGACUGCAUCCCAUAAUUCUGUCUCCCCAUAGUAGAGGUGGGGAGUAAACAGAAGAAGUUCAGAAUUUCCCAGUUGGAUCAGGCCAGUGGCCCUUCUGGUUCUCAAAAGAAGCCAACCAGAUGCUCACAAGCAGGAACUGAACACAGCAGCACUUUCCCCUCCAGCAAGUGGUAUCUGCUGCCUCCAGCUGCGGAACAUACAUUGUGUUCCUGUAUCAGUGUUACUUCCAUGGAACGUGAGGUGGUGUCAGAUUGCAAACUUCACAACUCUUUAAAAUCUUAAUAUAUACAGUGCCAAAAUAAAAAUGACAUUGUAUGAGAUUUGCAUUGAAUGAGGUCAUUACAAGCAUGUUAUAUAUAACUUAAGAGUUCCUUUUCGGGCCAACCAUGAAACAGAUCGAAAUCCGGGUAUCUCAUUGUUGCACUUGUCAUUUUCAUUUUGUCAUUGUAUGUAUUACCGUAUUUACUCAAACCUAAUGCUCACCUUUUUUGGCCAAAUUACGUUGUGAAAAUUAAGGUGCACAUUAGAUUCGAUGGAUGGCGCAUUGUUGUUGUUGUUUAGUCGUUUAGUCGUGUCCGACUCUUUGUGACCCCAUGGACCAGAGCACACCAGGCACUCCUGUCUUCCACUGCCUCCCACAGUUUAGUCAAACUCAUGCUGGCAGCUUCGAGAACACUAUCCAACCAUCUCGUCCUCUGUUGUCCCCUUCUCCUUGUGCCCUCCAUCUUUCCCAACAUCAGGGUCUUAAAUAUGCCAAUUAAGAUUUCAUGUAUUAGAGAUUGUUGAAAUGCCGCACGUUACUGUUAAUGAAUUUGCGUAAACUAAAUACAGAAUUGUCAAGUUUUUUAUUUAUCUCUCUGUAUCCCUUGGGCGUGGCAUUGAGCUUGGAAGGGGUGUCAAAUUGGGCAGGUGUAAGAAACCUCAGGCCUGUGUGCACGCAGGCUGAAUACGGCCCUGCAGUCCUCUCCAUCUGGCUGUCCAUAGGCGUCUGGAUGCAGAGGAUUGGUGGGAGGAAAAAAUUCCUGCAUUGCAGGGGGUUGGACUAGAUGACCCUUGGGGUCCCUUCCAACUCUACAGUUCUACGAUCCCGUGAUCCUGUACCAUCAACUACUUUUGACCUAGGGCAAAAGCAUCUUGGGUGCCACAUAAAAAGGCAAGACGCCUUUUCUCCUGCUAAUCAUUAUAAUGUCCCAUCCUUGCUGUCCCAAGACUCACACUCUGGCCUUUGUUCCUCCUCCCCUCACAGUUGCAAAUGCUGGGCUACGACAUCAGCUGGGCAGCCUUCAACAUCAUCGAAGUCAUGAGCGCCUCAAAGUACACCUUCAAAGUAAGUGGCCUGCGUGGGAACCUGGGCUGCCGGGGGGAAAGGCGUCAGGGGGUUCCUGGCAGCUGCCGUGGAAACAUAUUUCCUCUAAAAUAGAGGUUCCCAAUCCUAUUUGGCCUGCCAAAUUCAUUCAGAAAAUGAAAAAAUAUAUAUACUCAGCGCCCCUCUGGAAACCUACUGCCUUUAAGCGAAGAAAGAGAAAGAUGCAGUGACAAAUUUGUGUUCUUCGAUGUACAGUGGUACCUCGGGUUACAGACGCUUCAGGUUACAGACUCUGCUAACCCAGAAAUAGUACCUCGGGUGAAGAACUUUGUUUCAGGAUGAGAACAGAAAUUGCGCGGCAGACUAAGAAUGGACCUCCAGAAUGAAUUAAGUGCUUAACCCAAGGUACCACUGUAUGUAUAUUUCUACCUAUCCCCUAUAACAUAGCGAAGGAAGACGUUGUAAACAAGACACCUUGAAAGCUUGAAAUUAUACAAUUAUUUAUUAAAACCAAACAUAGCAACGUUCGCGUUACACACAUACCUGUAAAAUUAAGAUAAUGAAGGAUGACAUUAAAAUAAAAAUUACAAAUAACAUUAAAAAUAGUCUGUGAAGGACUGAUUACAUCAAUUUUUAAGAAUAUGUUUUUUGACCAUUCCUGUACGCAGUGGCAAUGAUUCCCUUUCAGCCUUUGAUACUGACUCGCUUUCCCUCUUUCCUAACCCUGCAGAGGAUCGGGUACCUGGCAGCCUCGCAGUGCUUUCACGAAGGGACCGACGUCAUCAUGCUGACAACGAACCAGAUCCGAAAGGUGAGUGUCGCCAUUCCAGAAGAGCUGCUGCCUGUUACUAGUGUCUCCUCCUGCGAGACCACCGGCCUGUUUUCUUCCUUAUGACUUAAGAAAUGUAGGUCAUGCCCUUCAAUUUGAUUGAUUGGUUAAAAUUUACACCAUCCUAUACCCGUAGCUCUUAGGGCAGUUCACAACUGAAAGUUACAAUACGAAAGCACGAAAUACAUAAUGAAAAUAAUUACUAAUACAGUGGUACCUCGGGUUAAGUACUUAAUUCGUUCCGGAGGUCCGUUCUUAACCUGAAACUGUUCUUAACCUGAAGCACCACUUUAGCUAAUGGGGCCUCCUGCUGCCGCUGCGCUGCAGGAGCACGAUUUCUGUUCUCAUCCUGAAGCAAAGUUCUUAGCCUGAGGUACUAUUUCUGGGUUAGCGCAGUCUGUAACCUGAAGCGUAUGUAACCCGAGGUACCACUGUACUAAUGUGUGCAAACUUACAGAAAUUACGCUCCCCAACAAAAGCCCCUAACCAGCCCUCCAGCCCACAAAUUACAAAUAACAAAAAUCAAAAUUAACAUGUAAAAACAAUUUUAAACAACAGCUUUUAAAAAUCUUAACAGUAGCAGUCUUUAGCUACCACAGUGGUAUCUCGGUUUAAGAGCAGUCCAGUUUCAGAACAAUUUGGUUUACAAACUCCGCAAAACCGCAAAUAGUGUCUUGGUUUGAGAACUUUACCUCGGUCUAAGAACGGAAUCUGAACGGUGGAAGGGCACCGGUGGUGGGAGGCCUCAUUAGGGAAAGUGUGCCUCAGUUUAAGAACGGUUUUGGUUUAAGAGCAGACUUCCAGAAUGGAUUAAGUUCGUAAACCAAGGUACCACUGUACUUGCAUUAGAAUACAGGUCUCCCCACAUGGUCCUGCUAGCUAGGGAUGAUGGGAGUUGCCCCAAAACAUCUGGAGACCCAAGUUUCAGAAACACUGGGUCAGAGCAUAGAGCUAUGACCUGGGAGAGACUAGGGUCUGAAUCCCCACUCAACCAUGAAGCUCACUGGGUGACCUUGGGCCAGUUACUCACUCUCAGCCUAGCCUAUUGCACUGAGCUGUUGUGAGGAUAAAAAGGUUAGGGGAGAGCUGUGUUCUCCACUCCUUGGAGGAAAAGUGGGAUAUAAAGACUUCGUCUUUCUAGGUUGAACUCAACUAAGGACUCUUCUCCCUCCUCUUCCCACACCUCUUUCCCCUCCUCACCCCCAACACUCCUUUCCGUCUCCCCUCCUAUUCUAGGACCUGAGUAGCCCCAACCAGUAUGACACCGGCGUUGCACUGACUGGUUUGUCCUGCUUUGUGACUCCUGAUCUGGCCAGAGACUUGGCCAACGACAUCAUGACCCUGGUGAGUUGGGCUGCGGGGGCGGGGGUCUGGUCUACAAUUGUUGCAUUGUCCGCUCUUUCUUCUGCCAAGCCAUUGGGGUUUUAAAAGCUGUUCAGAAGUCCUUGUCCCACAACUGAGCUCUGUGCUUUGCUCCUCGAGUGCGUAAGAACCAUCGCGAAAGCAUACGGUUUCAAUCGAAAUUAUUCAACCCCCAUUGCAAAUCUGGUUUAUUAUCAAAAUUUACAGACUCCUUGUUUGUGAAGGGCUCUCAUCUCUUACCUUUUUGGACUAUUCUCUUGACUUACUGAUAUUUCUAACAUGCAGCCAAAUUUGACACUCAGCAAACCCCAGCCAGUUCAGGUAUUUCAUGUGUUCCAGCUCAAGCACAUCAGGUGUGCUUGAGACAACACCUGUUGUAUUUGUGCUGUUGUGAGGGGUUCCAUUCAGGGGACCGAAUAAUAGUGAGACUGGAGAAGCCAGUAUAAGUUGCAUUUUCAGCUGAAUUUGGGGGAACCAUUGUUCUGAGCUAUUUCAAUUGCUUUUGUUUUAUUUGCUCAUUGCAAACAGCUGAAAGUCUGAUAAUAAACCUGAUUUGCAGUGGGAGUUGAAUAAUUUUGAUUGCAACUGUAGAUGGCAACAAUUGGACAAAUCCCCGGAGAAGAUCAUCAACGUCCAGUAGCCACAAUGGUUAUGCUCUGCCCCCAGAUUCUUCUGGAUAGCAGUUUCUGGAAACUGCUGGAGAGAACUGCAAUCUCAUUCUUUGCUUACUAGCAGUACCUGUGAAAAGGUUGGUCGGCCACAAGCUAAACAUGUGUCAAGCGUGUGAUGCAGCAGCAAAAAAAGCUAACACUUUCUAGGCUGCAUCAACAGAAGACUAGUGUCCAUAUCAAGGGUAGUAAUAGAACCCCUCUGUUCUGCCUUAGUCAGACCACACUUGGAAUACUGUGUCCAAUUCUGGGCACCACAGUUUAAGAAGGAUGUGGACAAGCUGGAAGAUGUGCAGAGGAGGGCAGCCAGCGGUCAUUCCUCCUCUGGUCACUGCCAUGGAUGCACCACUUCACUUCCUGCCUCCAGGCACUGUAGCCAUCUGCAAGCGAUUCCCACAUGGCGGGGUUAAUGUUGCCAGCCUUCAGGUCAUGUUUGCAGACAUCUUUGUAAUGCAGCGUUGGUCUGCCAAUGGGCCUGGUGCCUGAAUCCAGCUCCUGAUUUAAUAGUAUUGUGAUUUAAUAAUAUUGCCCACACUGGCUGGCAAAAGCUCUCUACGUUUUUAGGCAGGGGGCAUUUGCAUCCCUACCUGGAGAUGUUGUCAGGGCUUGAACCUGGGACCUUCUGCAUGCAGCUCAGCUCAAUUGCUGAGCUACAGCCCUUCCCAGUGCUGCUGGUUUGCUGUGGUGCAAAAGAAGAGACCUUGAUGCCCUUGUUGUGGAAAAAAUGUGCGCUUAUUCUCCUCUCCCUUCUUCCUCUCCCUGCCCUCCCCAACAGAUGUCUCACACAAAGCCUUACAUCAGGAAGAAGGCAGUGUUAAUCAUGUACAAAGUGUUCUUGAAAUACCCGGAGUCCCUUCGCCCUGCGUUCCCCCGCCUUAAGGAGAAGUUGGAAGACCCAGAUCCCGGUUAGUAAGCUGGAUGAAACAGGAUCCAGAAGAUUGCAAAGACUGUGUGUUUUGGGGGUGGGAAGGGGAAGAGAGUGGCUCCAGGUAGCCUUUCAUUGGGUUGUUUUUCUUUUUAUCAUGUAAUGUUGUGUAUUUAUAUUGUGCUUUUGUGCUGUAACCACCCUGAGACCUGCAGGUAUAGGGCGGUAUACAAAUUUUAAAAUAAUUUUUAAAAACCCUGUGGUGGCACAUAAAUCGAGGGGCACAGGGCUCUCCUAAGUACUCCCAGCACCCCGAACAAGCUACUCUCCCCAGGAUAGCUCAGUUGAUCAGAGCAUGGUGCUGAUCACGCCAAGGUUGCAGGUUCGAUCUCUGUAUGGGACAGCUGCACGUUCCUGCAUUGCUGGAGGUUGAACUAGAUCAGAGCUUUCCAAACUUUAAAUGUUGGUGACACACUUUUCAGACAUGCAUCAGUUUUACUAGCAACCUGGAGGUUAAGCCAACCCCUGUCCGGGAGGAGCACAAGGCGUGUUCACAUGACAUACCUACACACUGCAGCCAACACGCUAAGGAGCCAUGACACAAAGAUCUGGACCAGAUGAUCCACAGGGUCCCUUCCAACUCUGAUUCUAUGACUCCUUGCGGGAAGCCAUGUCUCUUUAAAGUGAUACCCUGGUGCUUUAAGUUUAUGGAGAAGAUGUGUCUUAAAUCCGUCAGCCGUUUUGCUCCACAACUCACUCGGACCCCCUCUUCCCUUUAUUCCUCCCCUCUCCCCCAGGUGUCCAGUCAGCCGCCGUGAACGUCAUCUGCGAGCUGGCCAGGCGCAACCCGAAAAACUACCUUUCCCUUGCUCCGCUCUUUUUUAAGCUGAUGACGUCGUCCACCAACAACUGGGUCCUCAUUAAAAUUAUCAAGCUGGCAAGUACAGGCGGCUUCCUUCGCUUGCAGUGUGAAGACACACACUCUGUCACUUAAGAGGUGAAGAGUUGAUGUGAAACAGAGAGGAAAGGAGCAGACACAGCAAGCAGCCUGCUUAAUUGGUUUGUGCGGGGAGGUGGUGGCGAAGUGUCUUCUGAUUCUCAGGCUGCAAAGGAUUCUGGGAGAGGCUGAAAUGUGAGCAAGAGUGUGCAGGGAAGCUGCCGUAUACUCUGUUGCGGCCCGGAUUUUAUUUAUUUACAGGUGACUCCAGUUGCAUUACGGGUUUGGAGCACCUGGGCAUCCUCUUCAGGCUCUGGAGAGGGUCUCCUCGUGAUCCGGAGGAGCAGCAGGGCUUUGUUGAGGCUUCCCAUUGGGGCAUCUGUUCAGCCCCUGUGAGGGCAGGACGCCUGACUACAUGGGCCCCUUUGGGCCUCAUCCAGCAGGACUGCUCCUAUGUUCAAUUUUCAAAAGGGAUCAGGAAAAUUAAUGGAGGAGAAGGCUGUCAAAAGCAGAAGGGAAAGCGGACACAACUCUCACCAGUGUAAAUUGGGCUACAUUCAAUUUCACGCAUUCCGACGGGGCAAGAAGAACUCAAGGAGGGUGUGGUCUGGGGAGAAGCACCACCCCCCAGGGCUGGUGGGCUGGCUGGAUUAGUUAGUUAAUUGCUUCCCAUCUAACUGGAUUGCCCCAGCCACUCUGGGCGGCUUCCAACAAAUUGAAAACCUCAAGCGCAGUAACGCAUCAAACAUGAAAAACUUCCCUAUACAAGGCUGCCUUCAAGUGUCUUCCAAAAGCCAGAUAGUUGUUUAUUUCCUUGACAUCUAACGGCAGGGUGCAACUACAAAGAAGGCCCUCUGCCUGGGUUCAUGCAUCCUCACGUCUUGCAGUGAGGGAACCGCUAGAAGGCCCUCGGAGCUGGACCUCAGCAUCCGGGCUGAACAAUGGGGGUGGAGACGCUCCUUCAGGCCCUGCAGGACAGCUGUCGUCAUCCGGCCAUUCAAACAUUCUCUCUCCUUUCUUCCUGCAGUUUGGUGCUCUUACUCCUUUGGAACCCAGGCUAGGGAAGAAGCUCAUUGAGCCCCUCACCAACCUCAUCCACAGGUGAGUGAGUCAGUUCUUUGGCGAUGCUAGUCCUUACGCUGUUUGCGCAAAGCACCUCUCGCGCCUCAGCUGCUGAUACCCAAGAAUCCCAGCCCCUUGCCUUUGUGUUUCCACUCAAGCACACACUUCUGCCUCUGGGACAGGGUUGCCAGGACACUCUUCACCCCUUAGCCAGCCUCCUGUCACCCUUGGGGGGGCGGGGUCUUGUAAAAAGUGCAGCACACCCUCUCCACCUUUGUCAAGGGAGCACCCCCAUCCGUUUUUUAAAAGGACACGUAGAUCCCGUGCGAAGUGUUCCACUUAACCCUCCUUUCUCUCCCCAAACAGCCAGCGCGCCCUCUUCCAAUUCCCCAAAGAGGGUAGAGUUCAUGGCAGCCCCUCCAAAGAUAAAAAACUAGUCCUCUUCCAAGAAAUGCGCCCAAGUGGACAGUAUGUAUACUUCAAAGCAAACACAAACCCACCCCCCCAAAACUCCACCACCCCCGUGCUCUGGUCUCCUCCCUCUCUUCUUCACCCUAAUUCUGCUGUAGUUGAGUAGCUGUUGGGGCCAGGGGUGGGGGUCGGGUGGGGGGCUACUGGCCGAGAAAACCUGCGAGGUCCCAAGUUGAUGCUCGAACCCUGACCGUUCUUUGAUUCUGUGUUAACGGGAGCAGAGCCAGCCGACUUUGAAGAUGGUGGUGGCAGGGGUUGGUCUGGAAUGAGCAGCCUUCAACUUUUUCAGACCCAGACUUGCCUUUUAACCCAGACCUGUUUUGAGACCAAUUUAUUAUUAUUAAUGUGUUUAAUUUGUUGGAAGCCACCCAGAGUGGUUGCGGCAACCCAGUCAGGUGGGCGGCAUAUAAAUAAUAAUAAUAAUAGUAAUUUUUUAUUUUAUUAUCUUUCUUUCUUUCUCUCUCUCUCUCUCUCUCUCUGUCUCUCUGGCCAUGUAUGUCAUAUGGUCAGGGUGCUGCUGCUGCUGCAACCCACCUUAGAUUAGGCCAGUAGUGAGUACCCAGUGGUUUAGAGAAGGGGCUGUGGCUCUGUCCCGCGGCCCACCCCUUUGCCCCAAUUUGGCCAGUAAAGCCAUUUUGCCCAAGCCACAGCCACCCACCUCGCACCGGGCACCAUAUGCAAUGUUAAGUGUGGAGCAGAGAAAACUCUGGCUCAAUUUUUUAUUAUUAAAAACACACCAUAUUUUAUUCCUAUACCACCUUUUUCUCCAGUGUGGUUCUCAAAUCCCUUCCCAUUUUAUCCUCACAGCAACCCUGUAAGUAGGUUAGGCUAAGACGGUGAAUGCUCCCCAAAAUGAGCUUGGGGGCUGAGUGGGGGAUUUGAGCCCUGGUCUCUCCCAGGUCCUAGUAACCCUUUAACUGUUAUGCUGUGCUAGCUUGCCAGGGAGUGAGGGACACAGGAACCUGCUAUAUAUGAAGCCAGACCAUUAAUCCCUCCAUCUGCCUGCUCUGCCUGCUCUGGUUGGCACAGGCUCCCCAGAGGGGACAGUUCCCAGUCCUACUUGGAGAUGCUGGAAGAGAUUGAACCUGGACGACCUGCCCACAAAACAGGUGAUCUAACCAUUUAGCAAGCUGGGAGGACGUUUGAGGGCCCUGCUGACAGGGAGUGUCCGCUAAGCCCCGCAACUCCUUGCAGAAAUAGCCCUUUGAAAGGAGCUUUGCAAGUGGCUGCCAGCUCUCACCUGUGCAGAGAAAAAAAGGUCACCUGGCUUUAUUGGGAGGUCAGGGGAUUGGCGGUUGAGCAGCCCCACCCACCUGUCAAACUCUGCCCACAAGUGCUGGGGUAAGGAUCCAGUUUCCCACCCCUGCCCUAGAAGUUAAAACAGAGCAAGGUGCAUAACCCAACAAUAGAACAUGGUUUCAGAUUGUAGUUUGUUGGCGGCAGAAACACCAUAGUUAAGCACAUGAACGCACGCCAAGCCAUAUUUUACUAAACUGUAGCUGCACAAACCAUGGUUUAGCAUUAGGUGGGAAUCAAGACAUGGUUUUAUACCAUGGACAAUUUAAUGGCUCAGCCUUCUCUAUGUUGCGUAAACCUAAUCUCUGCUUCCCAGAGCUGUUAACUUCUGCCUGCAGAACGGCGUCGGAAAUGGGUGCCAGUUCUGCAACAUGGAUUAGAUCAGGGGUUCCAAAAUGUGAAAGAAGCAAUUAAAGACCAGACCAGCAUCUAGCACAGCUGACAAAUCAUUCUGCAGUCCAGCAAGCCCCCUCGAUCCUUUUCAAGUGGGGCAGGGAGUUUGGGAACCACUUGCUUAGGUGGUGCUGCUGUUGUCUAUUUUUUUAAAAAGGAGAAGUGCGUAUCUCUAGCUAGCGCCAUUUUCUCUGGGUGGACCUCAGCCUGGGGGCUGCUGUGUGGGAUGUGGUCCUGGAAGAGGGGGGAGAGUUGCCACCUGGGAUGUUGACGCAGCAGCAGCAGUGGAGGGGUGUGGGUUUUUUGGGUUUGUUCCGUUUUUGCUUUUGUGCUCCUCCCACUUCUCGCACCUCACGGCGAUCCCAUUCCUCUCUCAAGCGUGCAAAGCUGCAUAAAUCCCCACGUGGUCCCCACUUCUGGAUUCUCCUUAGAUGCGGCCAGUUUGGGUGGUGAUUGGUACCAGGCCUAUGGAGCUUGCCCAUCUCCCUCCCCCCCCCCACUCCUCUAGGGUAGAUUGGCUCCUCCCCUAUCAGCACUAUGAUCCCACCCCAUUAAAAUAGCUGCCUUCCAGCAGGAACCAGAAGAGGGCGCUCUGCCUCUGUUUGUGUGUCGCUCUAGGCCUUUCUCCUUAGCUUUGUGGAAAGCGUGUUGUGGCUCUUCAUCCCUUGCGUUCUCCCUCACCUCUCUAUGGUUUGGGGCGGGUUGUCUGUGCUGUGGGUCUUGCAAAUCCAGCUGUCAGAACAGCUUUGCGCUUCCUGAAACAGCCAGUCCAUGUGCUGACCUGGGGAAGCAACUGACCUUCAGCCAGGGUUUUUGUUCGACCUGGUUGACAAAACACGGGGCAUUUUGAUUUCUAAAUCAUGAUAUUUAAACCUGAACAGGCACGCAGGCUGAUUGCUUGUGCGAAUUUGAAAAGUGUUGGUCCCCAACAAAAUAGCAACCGUUUGGCUUCCAGUAAUAUAGACCUGCAAAGAUCUGCGCUGUCUGGUGACUUGUUAGUGGGGCAGAUUCAAGGGGGCACAUGAAACCCAUCCACAGCUCGGGGCUACUUCAUCAGAAGGACUGGCCUUGCCCCAUCGUGUUCCCACUGCUUUGGUCUGCAGAACUGACUCUUUUUUUUCCAGGGCAGCACCAUGUUUGUUCCACGUUCCAAUCUUUUAGCAAGACGGCAUCUGCUCUCUGCCUUCAUUCUAUCAUGCUUAAAAAUGUUUCAUCCUGACAUGCAGUCAUUACGCAUCUUGGCUUUUGAAACUGUUUACAUUCUUCCUUUAUAUUUUGCUAGUUUUAUCAUGUCUGUGGAUUUUAUAGUAGUGUGCCGUAUUUUUCUGUGUAUAAUACACCCCCUAUUUUGGGGGACUCAGAUUUAAGAAAAUGGGGGGGAGAUGGUCCCUUGUAUAACAUGGGACAUUUUAAAGGGAAAAAGCCUAGUCUUAUACACGAAAAAAUAUGGUACGUGUUUUUCUAAAUAAUGAACCUGUAAUAUUGGAAGCUGGGGAGUAUGGGGUGUUCACAGGAGGGGUUGCACCUCUAGUGGGGGACACGUCAUGUUCCUUCUGGGGUGCUAGGUCCACCUUUGGUCCACACCCUGUACUCUGCUCUCACCUGUGGCUCCUGGAAGCUGUCAGAAAUGCAACAGCGGGUGCAAUCCUGGAAAUGGCUUUGGCUGGCCAGCUGAGCCAGGCGAGGGGAGCCGAUGGGUCUCAAACCCUUGGUGAGUUAGGAACUUCCCCUCCGUGUGAAGAUAGGCUCCAGUGAAGGGAUCGGACGAGACCAAGGGCAGGUCCAACGGUCAAGAUGGCAGUUUCACAAAGUGGCUCACAAUAAAAAACAAUAACUGGCACAGGACCGCAAUACUGUACAUUGAGUACUGCCUCUCCCUAUAUAAAACAACCCAUUCACAAGAACAGGCCUUUUCUGAGUGGCUCCCCGUAUGUGGAAUGCUCUCCCCAGGGAGGUUUGCCUGGUCCCUUCAUUAUACACCUUUAGGCGCCAGGCAAAAACGCUCCUCUUCUCUUCUUUUGGCUGAUUAAUAUUCUACAGCCUUUUAAAUGUGUUUGUGAGAAGGGGGAGGGCAUUACUGUUUUGUUGUUUUGUUUUACAUAUUUUCAUGUUUUUAUCCUGUAUUUUAUUCUGUGACCUGCCCUGAGAUCUUACGAUGAAGGGCGGUAUGCCAGUCAGAUGAAUAAUAGAACAACACGAAUGCAACAUAAAUCGUGUGGAAUACUUAACAGAUCAUCAGCAAAACAAUCACUAUUAACAAAAGAACUUUUUUAAAAAGCUAAACAGCACAGCCACAACAAAAAAGUCGUAAUAUAUGAUUCACAAAGCACUGCAGCACUCAUAAUCCGCAAAACAAUGCUAACAGCAUUAGCAAACCAGCAGCCAAAAUCACACUAAGCCCUGCUGAAUUUGCGCACUCCCAUGACUCGUGACCUUCCACUUCAUUUAUCACAUGUACCGUAUUUUUCGCCCCAUAGGGUGCACCGGCCCAUAGGGCGCACCUAGUUUUUUGGGGGGGAAAUAAAGGGAAAAAAUUAUUCCCCCCACACACACCGGCACGGGGCUGGGGCGGGGGAAGCCCGAGCUUUCCCCGACCCCAGCCCCCAGAACAGGCUGCUUCGGGCGAAGUCACGCCGGGCUCCCGCGGCUUGUGGAGAGCUGCCCGGAGCGCACUUCUCAGCACGCCCCAGGCUUCGGGAUGCAGGCAGCUCUCCGCAAGCCUUGGGAGCCCGCGGGAACUCCCGCGGGCUCCCAAGGCUUGCGGAUAGCUUCCUGAAGCCUGGAGAGUGAGAGGGGCCGACCCUCUCGCUCUCCAGGCUUCAGCGAAAGCCUGCAUUCGCCCCAUAGGACGCACACACAUUUCCCCUUCAUUUUUGGAGGGGAAAAAGUGCGUCCUAUAGGGCGAAAAAUACGGUACUUAAUGCUCGUGGCAGCAACUCCUUUCUGAAGGCUGCUAGGACUGGAGUGUGGGUGGAAAAAGCCAUUGCCUUGAUGGUCCUAAAGUCUCGCGCUGCCUCCAAAAACAGAGGUAAAACCCGGUCAGCCGGCUAGUGGACACCCAUAGCCUUUCUCCUCCAUAAAUGUGCAAUGCUGCUGUACUUUCCUGCGAGCUUUCCAGAGUGCAAUAACUCUCUCUUUCCCCCCUCUCAGCACUUCCGCCAUGUCGCUGCUUUACGAAUGUGUGAACACAGUGAUUGCAGGUAAGUAAAGACAUUGCCAAGCACGCCAUUAUUGUUUACCCCUCCUGACUUGCGUGUUUUGCACCGUACCAAUUUAAACUCCCUUUUCUCCCCCCUCCUUCCUCCAGUGUUGAUCUCUCUCUCCUCGGGGAUGCCCAACCACAGUGCCAGCAUCCAGGUAAAGUCCCAUCUUGGCCUGCCAGCCCUCGCGGCAGCAGCUGAAAUUUUGCUGGAGCGCAGAGGGCUUUCCUUGAUUGCAGAGGGAGGUGGAAGGUGUCAUCCUCUCUGCCGCUUGCAAAAAACUUGUGCGUCAUUUCUUUACAGCUCUGCGUUCAGAAGCUGAGGAUACUGAUAGAAGAUUCGGACCAGAACUGUAAGUCUCGGGCCUGUGGGGUGGGGGGGAAGUCCUUGGCACCAGGGGCAAGGGAGGGGGCACCCUUUAAAUCCUGCUAAAUACUAAUAUGAGUGAGCAGUUGCAUUGGCUUAGUCAUUUUAUGAUUAUGAUUGAUUGGUUGAAUUUAUAUACCACCCUGUACCCAGAGGUCUCAGGGAAGCUCACAAAAUAAAAUCAAAAUAUAAAACCACAAAAUACAUAAUCAGAAUAUAAACAACAACCCAAUAACCUCCCCACCCCCACCCCCACAUUUAAAAAGGGCAUAGGAUGUCAAUCAAAUCAACCAAAGGUCUGGUUAAAAAGGAAUGUUUUUGCCUGGCGCCUAAAUGUGUGUAAUGAAGGCACCAGGCGAACAUCCCUGGGGAGAGCAGAUGGGGAGCCAAUGCAGAGAAGGCCCUGUUCUCGUGUUGCCACCCUCCGGGCCUCUCGAGGGGGCACACGAAGGAGGACCUCAGAAGAUGAUCUCAGGGUCCUGGUAGGUUCAUAAGGAAAGAGGCAGUCCUUGAGGUAUUGCAGUCCUGAGCCAUUUAAGGCUUUAUAGGUCUGUUGAAAUCCACUGGGCUUUCCCAACUUGAGUCCGUUGAUUUCGCAGAAUCUACUCUUGAGUGCAGCUCAGCUUCCCGGGCCUCCACCGCUGCCCCUGGAAAUCUUAUUUGGCCCUUGUGUGUGUUUGUGUCUCCUCCUCCCCACGUAGUGAAAUAUCUGGGGCUGCUGGCGAUGUCCAAGAUCCUGAAAACCCACCCCAAAUCGGUCCAGUCCCACAAGGAUCUCAUCCUGCAGUGCUUGGAUGAUAAAGACGAGUCCAUCCGCCUCCGGGCCUUGGAUCUUCUCUACGGGAUGGUAUGUUCACCUGCCGCCGCAACAUCACGGAGGUCUUAACUUUUAGAAAUAUAGAGAGCAUACCCGAAAACCCUUAGGAGCACUGCAGCAAGAACACAAUCCUUGGAGACAGCUGGGGAAGGUCCAUGGCUCAUUGGUAAGGUGCCUGCUUUGCAUGCAGAAGGUCCCUGGCUCAAUUUCUGACCACUCCCAGGUAGGACUGGGCAAGAGUCCCUUCUGAAACCCCAGAGAGCUGCUGCCAGUCAGUGUCAACCAUACUGAGUUAGAUGGGGCCAACAGUCUGACUCAGCGUAGGGCAGCUUCCUGCAUUCCUAAAGCAAACCGUGCUUCGUGGGGCGACAAAUGUUGCAUCCAGAACACUCUCAAAAGCAGUAGAAGGCAGUCGUAGAGUUGGAAGGGACCUGCAACUUCCUCCAGCCCAGCCCCCUGCAAUGCAGGAAUCACGGCUCAAGAACCCCUGGCAGAUGACCACCCAGCCUCUGCUUAAACGCCUCCAAGGAAGGAGCGUCCACCCCCUUUAUACUGUUGAACUUCUUGAUGUUUCAUUAGAUUCUCUUUUCUUGCCAUCUGAAUCCAUUGUCUGGGGUCCUCCCCACCAGAGCAGUAGAAGACAAGCUGGCUCCACCUUCCAUUGAGAUAUUUGAAGGUGGCUCCAUCUUCCAUUGAGAUAUUUGAAGGUGGCUCCAUCUUCCAUUGAGAUAUUUGAAGGUGGCUCCAUCUUCCAUUGAGAUAUUUGAAGGUGGCUCUACCUUCCAUUGAGAUAUUUGAAGGUGGCUCCAUCUUCCAUUGAGAUAUUUGAAGGUGGCCAUCUUCCCACCUCUCACUUCUCCUCUUCUUUAGCCAAAACAUCCCCAACUCCUUCAGCUGCUCCUCAAAAGGUUUGGCUUCCAGGCCCUUCAUCAUCUUGGUUGCCAGUGAUGUGCAGAUUAGGGGAACUAGGCUAUGUUCCCAGUUAAUUGUUCAUGUAUUAAAGCCCGGGAUGCUUCUGCCUGACUUAGGGAGGCGCGAUGGUCAUGCACACAACAUCAACAUGUUGGGACAUCACAACAUGACGUCCCCCCCCCAAAAUCGCCCUCACAAGCUGGCACCAUUGUUCCCCGACAAAAAACUUCACUCCGCUGUUGGUCGCCCUCAUCUUAACACGCUCCAGCUUGUCAAUAUCCUCUUUAAUGACUUGCCCCUCCCUCCCCACCAACUGGCCUCUAUAACUUCAGGUGUCCAAGAAGAACUUGAUGGAGAUUGUGAAGAAGCUGAUGAUCCACGUGGACAAAGCGGAAGGGACAACCUACAGGGACGAGCUGCUGACCAAAAUCAUUGACAUAUGUAGCCAGUCCAAUUACCAAUACAUCACCAAUUUCGAAUGGUCAGUAUUUCUGUUUACCUACAGGGCUUCACACAUUUCAUCUAAUACAUGUUCCUCUGUUUCAUAUAUUACCAUUUUCUUCUCUUUGCUCAAGUUUUAAAUCCUGCCGGCGAUUUGAUUAUGAUAUUCUUCCAUAAAUUGCCCAUUGUAUCGACCUCUUAUUUUCACUGUUAGCUUUGCCAGGUCCACAUAGUCUGUUAAUUUUAAGAGCCGUUCUUCUUUCUCUGGACUUUUCUUUCCAGUUCUGCUUGUACAGUGGUACCUCGGGUUAAGUACUUAAUUCGUUCCGGAGGUCUGUACUUAACCUGAAACUGUUCUUAACCUGAAGCACCACUUUAGCUAAUGGGGCCUCCCGCUGCCGCCAUGCCGCCGGAGCACGAUUUCUGUUCUCAACCUGAAGCAAAGUUCUUAACCUGAAGCACUAUUUCUGGGUUAGCGGAGUCUGUAACCUGAAGCGUAUGUAACCUGAAGCAUAUGUAACCUGAGGUACCACUGUAUAAGGUUCUGUCUGUUGUUUCUUGCAUGCAUAAAAUCAUCUUUGUGGCCUCUGACCCAAUUACCCCGAGGAGAAAAGCUUCAGGUUGGUGGUGGUGGGGGAAUAACCAGUUUAAAUAUCUUUUUCAUUUCGUUUUGUUUUUAUUACUUUGUUUUUUAAGGAAAAGACCAUAGCUCAGCAGUAGAGCAGUCCACCUUGCGUGCAGCAGGUCUUGGGUCCCUUCCCCAGCAACUCCCGUUAGGUCUGAACUAGAAACCCUGGAGAGCCACUUUCAUUCACUGUAGACCAGGGCUUCCCAAACUUGCGUUCUCCAGCUGUUUUUAGACUGCAACUCCCAUCAUCCCUAGCCGAAGAACCAAGUUUGGGAAACCCUGCCGUAGACAGUCCUGAGCUUGAGGGACCCAAUAAGUCUGACUGGGUCUAAGGCCCCUUCCUGUGUUCCCGUGAUCCAGGUACAUCAGCAUCCUGGUGGAGCUGACCCGCCUGGAGGGGACCCGCCACGGCCACCUCAUCGCUUCCCAGAUGCUUGACGUGGCCAUUCGCGUCAAGGCCAUCCGCAAGUUCGCCGUCUCCCAGAUGGCCAUGCUGUUGGACAACGCCCACCUCCUGGCCAGCAACACCCAGCGCAACGGGAUCUGCGAGGUCUUGUACGCCGCCGCCUGGAUCUGCGGGGAGUUCUCCGAGUAAGUUCCCAGCUGCGCUGUGGCAUCUGUCACGCAGGAGCUCCCAAGCUGUAGCCUGCAGACAACCAGUGGGCCUGCAAGAUGGGAGUCAAGAGAGCGACAGGUUCCCCAGCCCUUUUCUAAGAAGCAGUGUCUGCUAUGGGAUGCUUGAGAUGGAGGAGUGUCUCUAUUGAGAAGAGGCAUUCCCUCCUCAGUGGGGAAUGCCUCUUCUUAGACCAGGGAUGGGGAACAUCUGUCAGGGCCCUCCCAGAUGUUGCUAGUCUCCAACAACCAACAUGACCGGUUGCCAACAUCUGUAAAGACAUGGUGCCGGUAUCACCUGUGUGGGGAGGCAGUUCCUGUUAGGAUAUUUCCGUUCCACCUUAAAAGGGAGCAGGAUGUUUGUGUCACAGCCUGCGUAUUUCCUGUUCACAGGAUGUUUCUGUUGCGUCUAUGCUUUCGUUCUCUCUCUGUGUCUGAGACACUGAAGCAGGCAGUCAUGUUUUCUCUUUGUUCUGACCAGCGUUGAAUAAACUUGUAAAUAAUGCUCUCCUGCGUGCAUCUUUCGCUGUGUGAAUUCUGCUGUUAGAGCGUGCAUGAGCUCUGGAAUGUGGCAAACUAUUUCUGGAGCUUGUGUCGCUAAUUGCUGAUACUGUAUCUACGGGAGAUCGAUGGAUCGUCCGGAGGCGACGUGGAGUCAUGAUGGACUUUGUCUCCCUGGCAGUAUCCCAACAGUUCCUUGCCCUUGGGGCCACCACCACAAAGGCUGUCUCACGAACCACCAGGGAGGCCUCGCAGCUGGGAGAGGGCCGAGUUCUCCCCUUGCUGCCUCUUGUGGUUUCCUCGCUUUCCCUCCUGGGAGGAGGAUUUGGGACACCCCGCCUCUAAGCACCUUCUUCUCCCCCUCCUCCUCCUCAGGCACCUCGAGGAGCCUCACCAGACUCUGGAAGCCAUGCUGCGGCCCAAGGUCACCACGCUGCCCGGUCACAUCCAGGCUGUGUACGUCCAAAACAUGGUGAAAUUGUACGCCGCAAUCCUGCAGCAGAAGGAGCAGGCUGGCGAGAAGGAGGUGGCGCAGGAGGCGACGCAGAUGAUGAUAGAGCGCCUGCCGCAGUUCGUGCAGAGUGCGGACCUCGAGGUCCAGGAAAGGGUAAGCAAAAAUCCUCCCAAGAUCCCAUCUCUCUCUUUUUACAUUAUCAUUUUCUAUUAAAUUUCUAAAAUUUCACAGACUUCAAAUCGAAUAAUUGCAUCGAUUCAUAAAUUGGCUUCCCAUCCCCCAACUUCACAGUGUUUCUGUUCAAACCUUUUUCCUUUUUGCUCAAAUUAAAGUUUUCACAAUAAAAUAAGAUCAUAUCUAGAACAAAUGAAGUCAGAAAUAUCGAAAAGGAAAGAGAAAAACGCAGCCCUUUUCAUACCCUUUUCUACUGUGCUAUAUCAAACUCUCAUCUAUUGCAGAAUCCCACUAAUACAAUUACUGUAUAGUUUUUCUGCUGCUGCUGCUCCUAUCUAGAAUCUUGCCCGCAAUUUCAUUUGACUACAAUACUUUUUCAAAUAGUGCAAGAAAGGCCUCCAUUCUUCUGUAAAAAGCUCGUCAUUUUGAUCUCUUAAUAUUGCUAUCAGCUUUGCCAUUUUUGCAUAGCUUAAAAACCACUCUUCCUUCGAUGGAACCUUUUCUUCUAUUCAUUUCUAUGCAAAUAAUAUUCCAGAUUUUGUUGUCACAUACGUAAAUAGUUUGGUCAUCUUCUUCAAAAUGUCUGUCCCCAUUAUGCUUCUCAUCUUUUCAGAAUAAUCCAUUUAAAUAUCAUCUUCAUUUCACUGUAUAUCAUUUCCCAAUAGCCUUUAACUUUUUUGCAUGUCCACCACAUAUGCAAGAAUGACCCUUCUGUCUACUUACUGUUCCCAGCACUUACCUGGCACAUUUUUAUACAUUUUGGCUCAUUUAUUUGACAUUAGGUACCACCUGCGCAACAUUUUAACCCUCUGGCUAAAAUCAGUGUUUCCCAAACUUGGAUCUCCAGUUGUUUUCAGACCAGAAUUCUCACCAUUCCUGACCACUGGUCUUGCUAGCUAGGAAUGAUGGGAGUUGUAGUCCAAAACCAGCCAGAGACCCAAGUCUGGGAAACAGUGGGCUAAAUCAACGAGAGUCUCCCUCUCUCUUUUUCUCUCUUAACUUUAAUAAAUUUCUUUCCUCUCGCCAGGCCUCUUGCAUCCUCCAGCUCAUGAAAUACAUCCACAAGCUUCAGAUCAAAGAGGUCCCCGUAGCUGAGGAAGUGAUCGCCUUGUUCGCUGGGGAGCUCAACCCCGUCGCCCCCAAAGCCCAGAAGAAAGUGCCCAUUCCAGAAGGGUAAGAUUCUCUCCGCCCGGGUGACGGCAUUGGAUCUCAGGGUUCUGGGCCUGCAGCCUCACCUGCCUCCCAGCCAGUCUGAGAGGAGUGAAAUCGGGGGAAGGCAGAGCAAGGGGUCUUAGAAAGGGCAAGGAGGGGCCGUGCGAUUUCUGUGUUCGCAGCAGGGUCAGAACUGCUGCAGUGCACUGUGCAUGGGGCUGCCUUUUAAGGUGGUCCAGAAACUAUGUUUAGUUCCAAGCGGGUGGGGGGAGUCUUUUGAACCUGGGUGCUGCAUUCUCUCAUGGAGAAGUCAUGGGGAGGGGCAGAGGAAAAGGAAAGGGACAGUGAUAGGGGGGCGCAACAGAUGCAAUUCUUACCUUUUGUACAGAAGGUUACAUUCCAGUUGCGCAAAAGGUGUGUACACUCGCCUCUCGUUGGCUCCAUAAACACCUCUCUGUUCCCCAUCCAGCUGAGCAAAGAGGCACAUUAAUGGCACAAGGAAACAUUCCAGCUAUGCAAAAGCGCUUCAGGAGGGUGCAGAGUAGCCCUGUGGGAGGGACCUGAGUAGGGCUGGAUGAUAUAUCGUCCAAAACAGUUUUGAAGUCUGUAUCGUGAUAGCAGUUUUGAAAUUUUUGAUAUAUAUAUAGCUGGUGAUAUAUUUUGACAUUGAAAACACCGCCUUGAGUUUCUGCAGCCCUGGAGAAAUGAUAAUGUUGACUUGAGACUGGGUGUGGUGAUGGUGAUGGUGAUUUGCCCACCCUUCACUCUAAGAACCCAAAGCAGGUUGCAACAAUUAAGAAAAUUGCUCAGAACAACCUAAAACCACAGAAAUAAGAUGGAGUUAUAGAAUCGCAGACUUGGAAAAGACCACAGGUGUCAUCUAGUCCUGCCCCCUGCAAUGCAAGAAUCUUUGCCCAACAUGGGGCUUGAACCCGUGGCCCUGAGAUUUAAGAGUCUAUUCUGUUGACGAGAAGCUAUAUAAAUCUAACUAGAAUUAGUAACUUUUUGAGUAAUCAAAGCAAGGACAGCUUGGUAGUGAUGCGGAGGCUCUCUCCUUUCCCAGCUUGGACCUUGACGCUUGGAUCAACGAGCCUCCCUCGGACAGCGAGUCUGAGGACGAGAAGCCGCGGACCAUCUUCCACGAGGAGGAACAGAGGCACACAAGGCACCGGCAGCCUGAAAUGGAUGAGGAGGAACUGAAGAGGGUAGGCUGGUCGCAUCAUAGAGUGAAAGAACUGUAGAGUUGGAAGGGACCAGGCCAACCCCCUGCAAUGCAGGAAUUUAUUAUGCCCAUCAUGUAGGCAUCGUGCCCCUCUGGCUCACGUGAGAAGCCAGCACUUUUAAGUGGGCCCGGAAACUGAUUGGCAGCCAGUGCAGUCGGGCCAGGAGCAAUGCAAUGUGAUCAAACUGUUUUGUCCCAGCGAGCAACCUGGCCUGCACCAUGGAAGCUGACGUUUCCGCACUGUCUUCAGAGGCAGCCCCACGUAUAACAUGCUGCAGUAAUCUAACCUGGAAGUUCCCAGAGCCUAGACAAGUUAGGCUGGCCCUGUCAGGAUAGACACACAGCUUGCCCCCAACCAAAGCUGUUGUGGAGCAGGGUUGGGGAGGCCAUUUGGAUUCUCCUUUUUUAAAUAAAUGAAGCCAAGAAAAAUGUUCCAAUAAUCCUCAAUAUAUUAGAUUUUUAAACCCAUCGCCGUGCCCCUUGUCUCUCCCUAAAGCGCCGAGAAGUCCGGAAGCAAGAACAGGCGAACAACCCGUUCUACAUCAAAAGUUCUCCUUCCCCACAGAAGGUAAGCCCGGAUCCUUGUCUGGUAAUCGCAAGGGACCCACUCUAGGGUGGUGGUGGGCCCCUCUUUUAAUGGCAGGGAUCCUGCUGUUACUUUUGAUAAGCCACACAGGGCCAAUGUUGGCACAUGACAAAUCUUGUUUCCCCACCUGAUCUUCUUCCCUCCACCCCCACCUUGUCCAGAGGUACCAAGAUAGCCCCGGCGUCGAGCACAUACCUGUGGUGCAAAUUGACCUCUCCGUUCCUCUGAAAGUUCCUGGUAAGAGUUCUGCCAGUUUCCCAGCAUUCCACACCAAUGAACGGGGCCCGGAGCUAUUCAGAUGAGCAGCCUUGAUUCUCAGUGCUUCCAAAUCAAGUUUUCUAUGCCCUGGUCUCUGCUUCCCACGUCAGAUGCUGGGAUCCUGAAAGGGCGAGUACGCCUGGCUUCCAUUUCUCCAGCUGCUGAAGUUGGAAUAGCCACACAAAGAGGGCAUGGCUGCCUUUUGAAGUCCAUUAGUUUCAAGGGGUCUGCUCUGAGUAAAAUCAUUAAGCAUUGAAAGCUUCCCAAUAGAGGGCUGCCUUCAGGUGUCUUCUGAAAGUUGUGUAGUUCUUAAUCUCCUUGACUUUAUGAGAGGAGGGCGUUCCACAGGGAGGGCACCACCACCAAGAAGGCCCUCCGCCUGGUUCCCUGCAACCUCACUUCUCACAAUGAAGGAACUGCCAGAAGGCCCUCGGAGCUGGGCCUCAGUAUCCAGACUGGACGUUGAGGGUGGAGACGCUCCUUCAGGUAUACUGGGUCAAGGCCGUUUAGGGCUUUAAAUGUCAGCACCAACACUUUGAAUUGUUCUCGGAAACGCACUGGGAGCCAAUGUAGGUCUUUCAGGACUGGUGUUAAUAUGGUCCCAGUCACCAGUCUGGCUGCUGCAUUCUGGAUUAGUUGUCGUUUCCAAGUCACCUUCAAAGGUAGCCCCACAGAGAAUGCAUUGCAGUAGUCCAAGCGGGACCAGAGCGUGCACCACUCUGGCGAGAUGGUGCGCAGGCAGGCAGGGUCUCAGAUGGAGCUGGUAGACAGCCACCCUGGACGCAGAAUUGACCUGCUACUCCAUGGGCAGCUGUGAGUCCAAAAAGGCUCCCAGGCUGUGUACCGUGGCCAGCGUUUCCUUUCAAGGCUGGUGCUCAGCCCACUGCCCCUCUUGAGAACUCGCUCUGUCCCUCUCCGCCCAUCAACGCAGGCUUGCCGGUUUCUGACCAGUAUGUGAAGUUGGAAGAGGAGCGUCGGCACCAGCAGAAGCUGGAGAAGGACAAGAAGAAGAAGAAGCAGAAGAAGCAGGAGAAGGAGAAGCGGGGAAAGCACCACCGGCGCCACAACUCGCUGCACACCGAGAGCGACGAGGACAUUGCGCCCGCACAACAUGUGGACAUCAUCACAGAGGAGAUGCCAGAAGUAAGCCCUGGCGGGAGGGCCACUAUGAGAGCAGGUGGCUGGACUGUAGAAGGUGGCACAGUCAUUAUCUCUUGGUUCAGGGUGGUGGAAACAUAUUUCUGACUUCAAAAAAAUUCUGUCGCUGUGGCAAUGGAGGGUAGGUCACCAACCCCUCUUUCCCCUGCCCCUUGGAGACCAGCACCUCUUUGACCCACUCCCUCUUUCUUCUCUUGUGGCUUUUUCCCCAGAAUGCUCUGCCCAGCGACGAGGAUGACAAGGACCCCAAUGACCCCUACAAGGCCCUGGACAUCGACCUCGACAAGUAAGGAAAAAGCUGGGCUGGCGUUCUUCUGCUUUCCUGGCUAGUGUUAAACCUUCCUGACUUCAGCUGAGGCCUGUUGCUUUGCCACUCUCUGUGGGAUGAUGAUGAUGAUGAUGAUAAAUAAUAAUUUUUCUUUAUAUCCCACCUUUCCCGGUUCAGAAAACUGGGCUCAGGGCAGCUAACAACAAAUUUAAAACACUUAAUUGAUGCAACAGAAAACAGCAUCAGAGUGCAAGGAGCCUUUGGCCAGCCGGGCGUUUGCUAAACUACAACUCCCAUCACCCCCAACCAUCGGCCAUGCUUCUGGGGGCUGGUGGGAGUUGUAUUUCAGCAGUGGCUGGGGGGGGGCAAAGUUUCCCUACUCUUGGUUCUAGUUCAGCAAUAUUUCAUUCAUUUGUUUCAGGUAUUUAGGUGGAGAGAUGGAGAUGGCUUAAUAUUCAGAUUUCUAAGCCAUGCGCAUGAAUUGUGGGUGUUUGUUUUUUUUUAAAAGAAAAUCAGUACUUGAGAAUGAGAACGAUUCAAAUAUAGACCACUUGCUAGUAUGGCAAGCCCUCCUUUAUGUCACAUGCGACCUCUGGGGUGAGCUUGGUUUGGGACAGGCACUGACCUUGUGGGCCAGAUUAGACCCAGGGGUCACAGGUACACCCCACCCCCAGUCUUCACCUUGUGGGCUUAGCUUAGUUUAAGGGAUGAAGCCAUCGAUUUGGACACUUCCAUUGCGUCUUUUAAAAGGCUGGGUUUGCUCCUCAGGUUCUUCCAGCUCUUCCGUUUGUAUGUUCUGUGAGGCAUCACCAGAAUUAUUUUGCAUUUCUCACUCUCUGUCUCUUUCCCUCCUGCUUCUUCCAUUCGCACAGUUGCUGUAUUCUGUCGUCAUGUGUAUUUUAUUUUAUUUUUUUCCUGUCUCCCUCUCUUUCUCUGUCUUUCACACACAGUCUGGUUUCAGGGAAAUCGGCGAGGUAAGCGCUACCCUCUCCCUAUUUCUCUCUCUCUCCAGUGUAUGGGAAGUUGUUCUUUUUAUUAUCUAUUAAAUUUGCGUACUGCCCCUUUAUCCAUAGAUCUCAGGGCAGUUCAAAACAUAAAAUUACAAUGCAAAAACUGCAAGUUGGCUGCUCCCUUUCUGACGUCGUAAAACCCCAACACGGCCAAGAGAGCUGCUGACCCACCCACUCACCCCACCCCAAAUUGCAGCAGAAAAAAGAGACUCCAUAUUUUGAGAGUCUAGUGGGGGGGGGAUCAAUUCUCUCUCUCUUCCACCAGCAUAGACCUAAAUUUGCAUGUUUGUGGCCUGGAACAAAAGAAACGUUUAAAAAAAUCCUAGUUUUCACUAAAGCAACUUACAAAAUAAAAAACAUGCAGUAUGCAAAACUGAAAAUCCCAGAAGAGCAUUUAUGGUGCAACGGCCUCCUGGGAUAAACCUGUUUCAGCCUUGCAUCUGGUGCCUGCCUGAUUUAUAGUGACAGGGAGUUCCGUGCUCUGAAUGGUGUUUGGUCGCUUGCUUGCUUGGAGCCAAUCUUCCGUUCGCCAUAGGCGACCAGGAAAGCAGCUAUAUGCAAUCCACCUCGCUGUUAACCUGUUGCAGUGCUCCUGAAACUUACUCGAGGGCAGCCUUCCGCAGCCCAGGUGCCCUUCAGAUGUUCUGGAAUUUCCGCCAUCAUGUCUCCCCAACAGCCAGCAUGGGGGCUGCUAGGAGUUGUGGUCCCGAGCCGCUGGAGGGCACCAGAUGGGCAAAGACUGGUGUUGGGGAACUUCUGGUCACCCUCAGGCCAUUUCAGAGGGUUCAUUCAGCGACGGAGCUGCGGUCAAUCACAGCUUCCUGGGAGUGUAGCUGUGUACAAUGCAUGAGAGUGUGUGUGGUGUUAAUUCUGGCCUUGCAAUGGGCGCCAUAUUACCGGCCCUGCUAGAAUCUUGCUUUUGGGUUGGAAAACAGGAGGCUGAAUCUUGAGAUGGUGUUUUUUGCAGCCUGGGUUGAAUUUGUAUAUUUGUUUACCCUUCACCUGAAGAUCACAAGGCGGUUCACGACGUAAAAAUGCAAAAUGAGAUGCAAAUGCAAAACGCGUAAUUAAAAGCAAACAAACCUCCCCUGUCCUUCCUUCCCACUAAAAAGGCCUUUGGCGGACAGCGAGAAGCUUCCGGUGCAGAGACACAGGAACGCCGACGACCUCAAGUCGCCCCAGGAGGCGGAAGUGCUCUCCGCAGAGAAGAAGAGCAAGCGACCAAAGAAGAAGGAGAAGAAGCACAAAGACAAGGAGCGGGAGAAAGAGAAGAGGAAGGAGAGGGAGAGGAAGAUCGAGGAGGAGGUGGAGGAGGAGCAAGGGGAAGAGGAGAAGAAGGUAACACACCCACACACCUGUGCUCUUCUCUUCUUCUUUUUUUUUGAAUAAUUUUUAUUAAGUUUCAUAUUUCCAAAUUAAACACAUCAAAUCAAUUAGUCCAAAUUAUAACAAUACAUAUCAUAUAAUCCAAUUGUUUUCCAAAUUAUAAAUUUUUGUGGGGGGUACCCAUGCUUCUUGAUUGGCAGGAGUCCAAUCCUCGAAUAUUUGUUCUGCUUCCAUAUUAAGAAUGAUGUUUCCAGUCUCCUCUUCUCAAUACUUGUCAUUACUCAUUUUCCUUUCCAUUUUCCUCCGAUAUGCUCCGCAAGUGGGUUGAAAAAGACAGUCUUAUUUGUAUUUCUGUGUGGGCUUUGUGCUGCUCUCUCGUAAAUCACUCUCCUCCAACAGUCCUUUCCGCUCGAGCGAGUAAUCGCCAUUUUUGUCGUUCCGAUGAAAUACAGUCUAGAAACUCGCUCUUUAGCUUUUCUGACCUGUUGCAUCGUAAAUUAGUCUUUUUCCAGGAGGGCUGCCCCUUCCAGUUCGCAAUCUCCUCGAAAAUAAUAUAUCUUCGGCUCGCCCUCCCCAAGACCAACUCCAGCAACACAGGUCUCUUAUCAAGUUUCCAUUCUUACUGCGUCACAAGAGAGAGCCCUUCUUCUUUCCAAAUCCUUCACAGAGUAAAACCUUUAAGUUCAUAAUUAUUCCCACACAAUUCAUUUUUAGUCCCAUUUGCAAUUAAUUUCUGUGGCAGAUCUUCAGAGGGAGGGUUAUUAGUAAUCACAGAGAGCAAAAGAAAUAAAAAGUCGUCCCCCCCCCCCUUAGUUCCGGCAUUCCAAUCCACAUACCAUAUUUGUAGUGCUUUGAUGUAAUCUUCCAUCUCAGUCUUCUUCCUUUCAGUGGUAAAAUUGUUAGCAGAUAAAAACCUCCUGCCUCUCUUGAAGCAUGUGCGUUAUCCCAAUUUUUUCCUUUUAAGGAACGCAACUCGUUUUGCACCUGGAAGCACACCUGUGCUCUUCUCGAGUCUGGCCUCUUCCGUUCAGAGCAGGGACGGGGAGCCCCAUGGAGGGUCCGGCCAUUGCACUCUGAUUCCCAGCACCCAGGUCUGGUGGGAGUUAUAGUUCAGCUGCUGCAUUCCAGCAGGGCUCAUCAGUCGCAGGUGAUAGUGGGAGUUAUAGUUCGAAAGCACCCAGAAAUAGGCACAGGGUUUGCUGUUUUCAUACACACUUUGUGUAUCGGGAUGGGGUGGUGAUUAUUAUUAUUAUUAUUAUUUGUAAGAUUUGAAUAUGUUGUAAAAUAAAGUUCACUACAGGUAACCCACGGUCCUUUUUUGCUCCCCUUCUCUCUCAUUCCAGCAGGAAGACAUGGACUUCUGGCUUUCUGACGGUCCGCCACCUGCAGCUGCUACGGAAGCAAAGGUUAAUCUCCAUUGCUGAGCUUUGAAAUGAUGUGUGUGUGUGUGUGUGUGUGUGUGUGCACGCAUGCAAGUGUUGCAAACUCAGAUAUAUACUUAUUUUCUGCACCGUAAGACGCACUUUUUUCCUCCUAAAAAGUAAGGGGAAAUGUCUGUGCAUCUUAUGGAGCGAAUGUGUGGUCAAUCGCUGGCUCCCUUUCCAGCCCCAGCCCCUUGCCCAGGCCUCCAUUGUUGAAUGUUCUGCAGACUGAGACUGUUUGUUUCCCCAGUGACAUGUGACUAGCUGAUUAGAUUAUCUGUCUGGAAACUGUAGAAACUGCUCCCUUUCCUUUCCUAAAGAAGCUGCAGAACUUUGAGCUGAACCCCAUAAAAACAGGAUUUUUUUCCCUUUGCAAAGUAAGCUCAACAACUUUGAGCUGAUCCUCAAAAAACUGGGGCUUUUCCCCUUUGCAAAAGAAGCUGCACAACUGUGAGCUGAUCCCAAAAAACCCCAGGGCUUUCCCCCUUUCCUUCUCUAAAAACUAGGUGCGUCUUAUAGUCAGGUGCGUCUUAUGGGGUGAAAAAGACAGUAAGCCAGGCGCCAAAGGACUCCUUAAACCAGUGGUUUUCAACCAGUGCACUGUGGCACCCUGGGGUGCACUGAAUGGUGGUCAGGGGUGCUGCAGGCAAUGCUGGCCUCUUUCUUUCUUUCUUUCCUUCCUUCCUUCCUUCCUUCCUUUCUUCCCUCCCUCCCUCCCUCCUCUGAUGCCCUCUUGCGUCUUCCUCUCAAAGGCUUGCAUGACUGUUCAUUGCAGCAGCCCCAGCUACAGGCUCCCCAGGCAAAUGGUGCCUCUAGGGCUGAUCAGGGGGUGCUUCCCAGGCUCCUGUGGGGCAGUGUGAGGAGGCACCUCUCUUUGGGGCGGGCAGUUCAGAAACCAAGGGCAGCAACUGCCCAGAGGACUCCCAGGGAGACAGGAGAAGAGAGGAGGCUGAGGGAACACUCCACAAAGGAGGGUAUUCAAAAAAGGGUGAGAGGCUGCCAGCUCUGCAGGCAAGGGGGGACAUAACUGGGCUCCUGAGCCCCACAGGGGUGCCGCAGGAAGAAUGGAGUUGGUCAAAAAGCUGUGGACUCAAAAAGGUCGAAAACAGCUGGUUUAGGCGAAGACCUUGGGACCUGUUUCUCCCAUGUUUUCUCUCCCCGCCCCCGGUAUCUCAGCGAUAAGACUGGGAUAUAAGGUAUCAGGCAGUAUCUUAAGAUCUCCUGGAGCCAUGUUGUUAAGGGCCUUGUAAAUUAACGCAAGAACCCUGAGCCUGGCCCGGUAAACAGGCAGCCAGUGGGCUGGGGGGAGGGAUGCAGGCAGGGAGCUGCCCGCAGUUUGAGUGCAUGACCCAUUGUAAAGUAAGACCCCUCCUUGCCCCUCUGGGAGAGCCUCCUAGAUGUCCCUUAGCCCCUUGGCUUGCUUUUUGAGCAUUUUGCACCAGACAUCAAUGAGAUAAACUAGAACUUUUUAGAAGACAUCUGAAGGUGGCCCUGUAUGGGGAAGUUUUUAAUGUUUGAUGCCUAACUGUGUUUUAAUUUGUUGAAAGCUGCCCACAGUGGCUGGGGCAACUCAGCCAGAUGGGCAGGGUAUAAAUAAUUUCAAUCUUGCCGCCUCCCUUUAGAGCCCUUCUGAGCUGAGCGUGAACCUCGCAGGGGCAGGGGAGCCAGUGGGGGCCCAGAAGGAAGUGCGAGAAGAAGAGCUGGAGGAGGAAGAGGAAGGAAAGGUGAGUGGCCAAGUCCCUGUCCCCGACAGGGGGGUUAGGGGGGUGUCAGUCGGCUUCUUUUAUCGUUUACUUGAAUAUUUGCAACCCAUGCUUUCAUAAGAUAUGUCAAGGCAGCUUGCAAUAUGGAAUACAAUAUAACCAAUCGUCCAGUCUGGACAUGGAGGUCCUUCUGGCAGUUCCCUCCCUGCGAGAAGUGAAGUUACAGGGAACCAGGCAGAGGGCCUUCUCGGUGGUGGCACCCUCCCUGUGUAACGCUCUCCCGUCAGAUGUCAGGGAGAUAAACAACUACACAACUUGAAAGACACCUGAAAGCAGCCCCAGAUAGGGAAGUUUUUAAUGUUCAGUGUUUUAUUGUGUUUUUAAUAUUUUGUUGGUAGCUGCCCAGAGUGGCUGGGGAGCAUAUAAAUAAUAUGAUUAUUAUUUGUUAUUAUUAAUUAAAAACCACAAUAAGACAGCAGCAGAUGCUGCUUGGUUAAGGAGAAACAUUUGUAUUGUGAAGCGCCUGUCCCAAAAGCAGUUUUUGAGAGACUUUGGAAGGAAGGCAGGGGCAGUUCCCUCUAUGGGCAGGGAGUUGCACAGGGCAGGGCUUGGCGGAGAUCGCCAAGGUUCACACCUUGGCUUUUAAUGGGCGAUAUGGGAGGAAGGUGUCUGACCCCUGGAUUUCCCCCUGGCCCAGUCGAAAUCCUCCAAGCACAAGAAGAAGAAGCACAAGAAAGAGGAGAAGUCCAAGGAUAAGAAGUCGAAGAAACACCAGGGCAACAGUGGAGAGGAGCUCCCUGCAGAAUCGGUGCAGAACGGGACGCUGGAGGAUGAACCGUUACCGGUGAGCAAGGGUCUUAUAAUUGCAUCUUUUGGGUUUUUUCCCUUGUUAUUAUUAUUAACUUGUUUUUUAUUGGUAUUUUAAAUGAAUAUUUUAGGCCAUCUGGCAAACCACUUGAGAGGUCUUCUGCAGGAUUUCCCGAACUCAGGUCUCCAGCUAAUUUUGGACUACAACUCCCAUCAUCCCUAGCUAGCAGGACACCAGUGGUUAGGAUGAUGGGAAUUGUAGUCCCAAAAACCAGCUAGAGACCCAAGUUUGGGAAACACUCCUGUAUAGAGAUUUCUUUUAAUCAUAGCCAGUGUUGGCCCUGCCCAAAGUAGACCCACCGAAAUUAAUAGGCAUUGCUAACUUCUCUUAAUUUCAGUGGGUUUACCCCGAGCAGAACUUUAUAUAUAUUUACUGCAUUUAUAACCUUGCCUUUUUCUAUAACAAACUCAAGGUGGCAUACAUUUAGUCCGUACAAAAACCCUGCGAGGCAGGUUAGGCUGAGAGUGAGGGACUGGCCCGAGGCCACCCAGACAGUGUCUUAGCUGAGUGGGGAUUCGAACCUGGUCUUCCAAGUCCUGUUCCGGUGCUCUAACCACGCUGGCUCUCCACACAUAAUUGGCCGCAGCUCAGGAAUGACGCCCUUAAUAACAGCUUGCACCUUAAUAUCAGCAAGACAAAGGAGAUGGUGUUGGACUUUGGGAGGAAGAGAGGAGAACUAGCCCCACUGAACAUCAGGGAGGGCUGUGUGGAGAGAGUCUCUUCCUUUCAAUUUCUAGGAGUUUAUCUCAGUGAAGACCUUACUUGGAAAAUCAAUACAGCCCAGGUUGUUAAGAAAGCCCAAAAGAGACUCCAUCUCCUCAGAGUAUUGCGGAAGAACGAUGUCAAUCAACAUUUGAUGAUCUCCUCCUCCACAGUAGAAAGUGUCCUUUCCUACUGCAUCACGGUGUGGGACGCUGGUUUGACAUCAACUGAUAGGAAGUGCCUACAGAGGGUGGUGGAUACAGCACAAGAUAUUAUGGGCUGUCCGUGAAUCCGCUGGAUGAAAUAGCGGAAGAACGUUGCCUCAGGAGAGUGAGGGAAAUCCUCAGGGAUGAUUCACACCCUGGCCGGCACUUUCUUGAUCUCUUGCCCUCAGGCAGAAGAUAUAGAAGCAGGAUUAGUCGCACCAACAGGGUAAAGAACAGCUUCUAUCCGUGGGCUGUUAGGCUGCUGAAUGAAAAGAUAACAACAGGGCAACGGACUUUGGGGUUUGGUGGGUGUGCGUCAGUAAACGAGGAGAAUUAAGACUAAGAGAGCUGAGUGGGGCGUGCUCGUGUAAUCUCACUGUAUACAAGUGACAAUAAAGUAUUUUAAUUUCAAUUUCAAUUUUCUUUCUGCCUUCCAGCCGAUGUCAAGUUACGCCCUCCUUGCCGAAAACGCGUACAUCAAAAUGGUGAGUGGGGUUGGGUCUGCGCCUCCGUGGAGUGCAAGCGCCUUAAAUGUGCCGUGGUGGAGGGAUGGUCUCCAGCUCUGCUGCUGCUCCCUCUUCACAAAUGCCUUUUCCCGCAGACCUACGACAUCCAGGGGAACCUGCAGAACGACAGCCAGGUGACCGUCUCCAUCAUCUUCGAGAACAAAAGCAGCAGCUUCCUGAAGAGCAUGGAGCUGAACGUCCUGGACUCACUCAACACUAAAAUGUUCCGGCCAGAAGGCUCCUCGAUACAUGACGGAAUUCCUGUCCCUUUCCAGCUGCCCCCUGGUAUGUCCUGUCUUUGCUGGGGUGGGGGGGUCCAGGGUUGGCCAGAGGCGUCAAGAAAGCCUCCCUUUCCACGAAAUGUUUAACGGCAUCAAAGGGGUCAUAUCUAGAUUAAGCCCAGGGGCAACCUUUCAAAUUAUUAUUAUUAUUAUUAUUAUGCCAGAAGACAAUUAUUAGAGGCCUUACAACUCAAUAGGCUGACUUCUACUCUACCAACAGUUCAGAACCUGCUUUCGGACAGUAAUGAUCAAAUUAUUUUAAUAGUGACUGAAUUUUUAAGUGCUGUCCAUGUAGAAAGACUGGGCCAUUAUAAAGAGAUUUAGUGGUUGUAUUAUUUAUGCAAAUUGAUUUUCUUUGGAGUUAAAGAUCUGACUGGGACAAACCUUGUUAUGCUGAGCUUGUAUUUUGCAUAAUUUGUAUACAGUUUCUAUUUGAUAAUGUGUGGUUUUGCUAUGCGUAAUAAAGGAUAUUUGAUUAUUAUUAUUAUUAUUAUUAUUAUUAUAUUUUCACAUAAUAGAUAGAUAGAAACUUCAUAUGUUUGAGCCACCAGCUAUAUCAAUAAGAUAAAAUAUACUGGGGAAUAUGUUCUGGAGGUUUACUGGAAGUUUACAUUAAUACAAAUGACAGAAUUUGAUAGUAGUUGCAGGGGGCAGUCUUCUCUGUAGCUGUGUGACUUUGCUGAGGGUCUUUGAUGCUUUUCAUUUUCAUACACUUCCAAACUAUGUGUUCUUAGUCUGCCUCUGUGUUGGUUUGGUAGGGCUCCCGCCGCCCCCACCAAUCAAUCAAGCUUCAGCCAAAAUGGAAGAGAGUGAAUAUUUGUCAAUUUAUUUCUUUUUAAAAAAUUUUCUCUUUCCCCUGCCCCCACUCCCUUCUCCCAAUUUAGGGGUGUCCAACGAAGCCCAGUUUGUCUUCACCUUGCAAAGUAUUGUCAUGGCGCAGAAACUAAAAGGAACCCUCGCAUUUAUCGUCAAAGUAAGGGCCUCUUCCACUUUCCCAACGCUUGAAUUCUACUAUUAUUAUUAUUAUUAUUAUUAUUAUUAUUACAAUUUAUUGCCUGCCCUUCACCCCAAGGUCCUAUGGCAGGCUGUUACAAUUAAAUUUUACUUACUUUCAAGUUUUUAACCUGUAUUUUUUUACUCCGUGAACCGCCCCAAGAUCUUGUGAUGAAGGGCGGCCUAUAAAUCUCAUAAGUAAAAUAAGAAUAAAUAAAGCACACCGUUAACAUUAAAACUCAGUUUUGCACAGUAUAUUUUUUAAAAAAGUUUGAAACAGAUUAAUGAUGAAAGAGCCCUGAACCAAUUUCCUAAAUAAAUAAGUCAGGGGACUUCAAGACCAUGGUGAACACCCAACCCCCACCUUCAUCGCUGGCCAUUGGUCUUGCUGGCCACAAGGGCUCAUGACAGAGUUUAGCAGCACCCGCAGGGCAUCCUGCCAAUAUGUGGGCAUCUGAGGGGGGGUGAAGGCACCGUCCUCUCUGGGGAGAAGGCGGCAGCUACAGAGACCUCAUUUUUCUCCUCCUCGGCCCCUCUGUCCUCCACAAACAUGUGUUUAUUACUUCUCCAGCCCAGGUUGAGUGCAGGAGGCAGACAAAGCUGGCCAGCAGCUUGAUAUAUAAAAAUCCAUUGUGCAGCUGCACUAACUAAAUCUGUGGCCUGGAGGGGUUAUUGCUUUUCCGUUGUGUAUUUUUGUGUUUUUAUGCCAGAAAACCGCCCUGGGAUCCUCGGAUGAAGGGCAGUACAUAAAAGUAAUAAUAAUAAUAAUAAUAAUAAAUUUUAUUUAUAUCCCGCCCUCCCCAGCCGAAGCCGGGCUCAAGGCAGCUAACAGCAAUCAAAUAAUCAAACAAUCAAAUAAUCCAACAUUCUAAAAACAUUUCAUUAUAAAAAUUAAUUAAAAUCAAAUUAAUGGCAACCGUUAGGCAAAAUUCUGUGCAGGUUGCCAGAGGAGGGAGUCAGGCUGUGCCCUGACCAAAGGCCUGGUGGAACAACUCUGUCUUGCAGGCCCUGCGGAAAGAUGUCAGGUCCCGCAGGGCCCUAGUCUCUUGUGACAGAGCGUUCCAUAAAUGGUGAUUUUAUAUUAAUAUAUUGGAUGCGGCUUUUUCCCAUCCUUGGGACUCUUAAGAGUAGAAGGGACUGAAAAGCCAGAUUUUUUUUUCAAAGCCUCGGAGAGGAACAGCUAGGCGGGUGGCUGGAGUGAAAAAUGGAGCAUGCGGGAGGGUCCGUUGGGGGGCUUUUUCUGCCUCCUUCCCCGCUCCCCAUGAGAAGAGGCUGUUUCAGGGAUGCGUUGAGCGGGGGGGGGGUCUGCUUCCUUUGCCCCCACUUCCCAUCCUCUGUUGUUUUCUGGCAGGACGAGGAAGGCUCAACACACGAAAAGCUGGACUUCAAGUUGCAUUUCAGCUGCGCCUCCUACCUUAUCACGACGCCCUGUUACAGGUGAGCCCCUUCCAGCUGCCACUGUCCUCUGUCUCUCGCAGAGAAGGGCAGACCGCUGUCUUUACAAGGCUUCCUAAGUCGCCACGUCACUGGGAACGUAGCGCCUAAGCAAUAUUCUUGAGACUCUGGGAGCGGACAAAUGAACUUCCACUGUUGGAUGCAGAGAUCGACCUGACAUGCUUUUCCCUUGCCCUGCUUUUGAGAAAACGUUUGUAGAAUCAUAAAUUGUGGAGUUGCUUAAGCAUCCAUGACAGGUGGGCAUCCAACCUCUUGCUUAAAAAUCACCAAGGAAGGAGAGCCCAGAGCCUCCGGAGUGAACCCUUUCCACUAUCACACAGCUCUCACUGUCAGAAACUUCUUCCUGAUGUUUAAUCGGAAUCUCCUUUCUCGUAACUUGAAGCCACGGGUUCGAGUCCUACCCUCCAGAGCAGGGGGAAACAGGCUUAUUUAUGAACCGUAUUUCUUUGCAAUGUCAUUUGAAUGUACUUAUUUUUCGCCCUAUAGGACGCACAAAAAUGAAGGGGAAAUGUGUGUGUGUCCUAUGGGGCGAAUGCAGGCUUUCGCUGAAGCCUGGAGAGCGAGAGGGGUCGGUGCGCACCAACCCCUCUCGCUCUCCAGGCUUCAGGCUGCUAUCCGCAAGCUGUGGGAGAGCUGUGCGACUUCGCGCAGCUCUCCCACGGCUUGCGGAGAGCUGCCUGCACCCAGAAGCCUGGGGCGCGCUGAGCUCAGUGUCCCCCCCCAGGCUUCGGGCUUCACACAGCUCUCCCACGGCUUGCGGAUAGCAGCCUGUUCUGGGGGCAGGGGUCGGGGGAAGCUCGGCCUUCCCCCGCCCCAGCCCCGCGCCUGGGGGGGGGAUUUUUUUUCUUUAUUUCCCCCCAAAAAAACUAGAUGCACCCUAUGGGCCGGUGCGCCCUAUGGGGCAAAAAAUACGGUACAGUGGUGCCUCGCAAGACGAAAUUAAUCCGUUCCGCGAGUCUCUUCGUCUUGCGGUUUUUCCAUCUUGCGAAGCACGGCUCUUAGCGGCUUUAAGAAAAAGGAAACAAACUCGCAAGAACUCGCAAGACGUUUCGCCUUGCGAAGCAAGCCCAUAGGGAAAUUCGUCUUGCGGAACGACUCAAAAAACGCAAAACCCUUUCGUCUAGCGAGUUUUUCGUCUUGCGAGGCAUUCGUCUUGCGGGGCGCCACUGUACUUUGAUGCUUUUCCCCCCUUCUUUGUGUGUCGGUAUGAGUGUGUGUUUGCUCGCUAGACCUGGUGGGCCCCAAGAUCAUAAUAAACAUUAAAAAGCUUUUCCGGCCCACAGAAGUGGGCAAGCCAGAGAUGGUGUCCCGGCCCACUCCUCUUCCCCCAGCUUCCCUGGCCGCUCAAUUCACCUUGAUUUCUCCUCCCCCAAGUGAUGCUUACGCCAAGCUGCUGGAGUCGGGGGACCUGCACGCCAGAUCCUUCAAAGUCGACAGCAUCACCAUGCCUUUCCACCACCUCCUGGCGAAAAUCUGCUUCCACCAUCACUUCUCAGGUGAGUUCCUGCUGCAGUAGGUUCCCCCUCCUCAAAACAACAGCAACAACCCAGAAUAGACUGUCACAGUGGGGUUGGUGAGCUGAAAAUAAUGUCAAUAGAUUGGCUGCCAGACGUGAUUUCUCCCCCCAGCUGUUGGCAUUUGUUUGGGUACAAAUUUGAGGGUUUCCACAUCCUGCUUAAGUCCUUAUGACUGGCAGGUAAGGGGGGUUGGGCUUUUUUUUUUGCUGCCUUUACCCGUCGUCUCUCUCUGCAUCGGGUUUGGAUGCAUCAGGAGUGAGCAAUCCAAGGAGACUUGCCCACUCUCUGAGGAGGCCUUCCGUCGCUUCUCAGCAUGAGUCCCUGCUUUGAGCUCUGCUUCUUCCCCCCAGGAGAUCUAACCAGUGCCUCUUGUUGAUAUGGGCAGAGGGAGUAAGCUCUUCUGAAGGCCCUCCUCCUCCUCCUCCUCCUCCUCCUCCUCCUCCUUCUUCUUCACCACACUCCUGAAAGCUUAGUCUUGUUUUUGAGGGAGAGGACGAAGAUGCCCCAUCUCAAACGCCUUCUCUUUCCUUCCCCUUCAGUUGUCGAGCGAGUGGGGUCCUGCGCGUCAAUGUAUAGCCGUUCUAUCCAGGGCCAUCAUGUCUGUCUGUUAGUUAAAAAGGUAAGUGGGGGGGGCAGACACAGUGGGAUGAUGAUCGCAUCCUAGGGGAGUCGCUCCACCUCCUUUGAUUGUGUUGGUUGGCCAAAAUCCGUGUUUGCUGUCUGAUUUCUCUCUGUCCGCACCCACAAAUGAAAAACCGCUCUCUUUCCAAAGGGAGAGAACUCCGUCUCCGUCGAUGCCAAGUGCAACGAGCCGACCUUGCUGGGCAACCUGCUGUCUGAACUCAAGGAGACCUUGUCGAAGUGCUGAGUUGCUCCCGAGAAAUUGGUGCGAUCCGUUCUCCUCCCCCCGCCUCCCCCCGAGAGAGGAGUGUCGUGAGGCUCACACAGACUGAAUCCGGCCGAGCGAUAAAGAUUCCUCUCCCCUCCCCUCUCUCUCCCCAUGCACACGUACGGUCCUCCCCUACCUGCCCCUCCUGGGGGCGGGCAUUUUCCCACUCCGCCCUGGGGCGCGUGGGUGGUGUUGUUUUUCGGUUCUGGCGGUUUACACAUCCCGAAGCUGUAGUCUUUUCUCUCUCUCCCCCCUUCCCUCACAUUCCAUUUUGAACUUUUCGACCAGCCGUGGUGGGGAACUUCUUCUGUACCAGAGAAGCGCCCUGCCAUCGUUGACGCAGCCGCCCAAGAGAUCCUUGCCACAGUCGAUGGCCCCAUGAGGCGUGGUGCUGAGCGACCCAAGAAAUCGCAGGCACCGCAUCUCUUUAAAUCAGCUCCAAUUUCACGGUUGCUCUUCUGGGUCACCACCCUCAAUAGCGUGGUGGUCCACAUCCAGGCUGACUGUAUCUGUAAUUAGUUUUGUUGUUGCUGUUGUUGGGUUUGUUUUUUUUUAAGCCCUGGCUUCCCUCCCACCUCCCACCAUAAGCCAGUUGUGUUUGCCUCUCCUCCUGCCUUCCGAGGAUGGGAUUCAUUCCCGUUCUGCGAGAUAGAUCAACUCCCCUUCCCCUUCCCGUGGGUCUUUGUGAUGUCCACUUAGAGAGAGAGAGAGAGAGAGAGAGCAAAAUAUCACAUUCCUGAAGUUUUUAUUUUGUUUAGAAUGUAGCAAAAAGAAAACUGGAAAUCCAAAGGUUCAUUGUCUCUUGGUUUUGUGUGUGGAUCCCCCCCCCACUUUAUUUUUGACAUUUUUAUUUGGCUUACCAUGUUAGGUUGACCCCUUUGGCUGCUGCACUGGCCAUGGUCCUCCCACCAUGACCCCAAUUACUCCUUUUCACCCCAUAUUCCACCUGCUCCCAUAAACUGCCUUGGGCUUCUGAACUCCCAGCUCAAGACUCUAAUCGAUCAGCCGCGUGACAUUGGUCCGAGAAACUGGCAGACCGCACAGCUUGUGGGACGGCUUCCUUGUGUUUUUUGGAGAUUCUUGGCUGGAAUCAAGACUUCUUCCCUCUAGUUUUGACAAACCUUUCCCCAAGCUCCUGUCCCGUAAGACGGAAGUGAGCCGGCGACUUAUUUAUUUUGAAAUCAGCUUGAUCACUGUUGAGGAAUAUGGCACUUAGCAAUUUUUUAAAAAGAACCCACCUGUUUCGCAAAAUACCAUUUUUCAACCUCCCCCCCCCACCCCCAAAUAAAGUAUAUUUUGUGGGAUGCAGAGAGAGCACAGAAACAAGCAUGAAAACCCUGGUCUCUGGCUUGCUUUUUGAUGUACUGCUUGUUUCAAGACACGGGUGCCUCAACCUUUUCCCCCCCUCCCCAUUUAGGGAUAGGUUUGGGUUUUUUAAAAUCCAAAACCACUUGCAAAACGCUUGCCGGCUUGGGGAAAGAGGGGCUCGUUUUGCUCUGGCAGAACUUGAUUUAUCAGAUGGAUCCAGGUCUCCCCUCUCCCACAUUAUCGUCGGGGCCCAUGUUGCUUGAGAAAAGUAUUAAAAAAGUUCUUUGGGGCGGGGAGAAGCUCCUGGUCAACCUUCCGUGGCUUAGUCCGGAUUUUUGCGUACGCGUUGGGAGGGAGACUGCACGGCGUCUUUUAAAUUUGUCUUAAAAAGGACAAAGGUUCCUUGGAAUUAGUGGAUUAAAAAAAAGAAGUAUAUAUAUAUCUAUAUAUGUGUACAUAUAUUCCUGGAUGAAAAAAACAACCCUCACUUUAGCAUGUAGAUUAUGUUCUCUUGCAGAAACCUUUUGGUGAUUCUAGAACCUUUAAAAAACUGUAUGAUGUGUUAUGUUUUUUUUUGGGGGGGGGAGGAAGAACAAAAUCAAACUUAUUUGCUAUCGACAUUCCCCCCUUUCCCCUGAAAUCCCUGAAAGAGAAAAACGCCACAAAGCUGCUGUACCAAUUUUUGUGUGUGCGUGUGUGUAUGUUGAGAUGAUCCAAUAAAAUUACAAAACCAGCUGACUCUUGAAA